AUGGUGCACCCCGGCUGCUCGGGCCGCUGCGGCAUCACCGGCUACGAGGCCGUGAACAUUUCGUCGACCGCCCAUGGGUGGGGCGGCCUCGAGUACAGCGGCCUCCGCCACCGCAUCCCCGCCGUCGCCGUCGCCGUCGCCGUCGCCGCCGCCGCCAUCUGCCGCGCCGUCGCCGCCGCCGCCGCCGCUGUCGCCGCCGCCGCCGUCGCCGUCGCCGUCGCCCUUGCCCUCGCCGUCGCCGCCGCUCUCGCCGCCGUCGUCGCCACCGCCGCCCUCGCCGUCGUCCUCGCCGCCCCACCCUCGCCCCCUCCGCCGCCGCCGCCAUCGCCCCCUCCCUCACCGCCGCCGCCGCCGACGCCACCCUCGCCGUGCCCCGCCGCCGCCGUCGCCGCCGCCACCCUCGCCGGGCGCUGCGUAAUCCUCGUGGUCGUCAUUCUCCUCAUCGUCCUCCUUGUCCUCCUCGACCUGCCCCCCGCCCUCGCCCUCGACCACCACGGAGAAGUAUGCUUGCCUCCCUCUGCGACGACGCACAGGUACGAGAAUGAUCGAGUCUUCCGCGAGACGAUGCAGAAGAUCGACGAGUACACCGCGCAUUUGCUCCCGGUUCGUCUGGUGGAGGUGCUCUAUCCAGGCGCCCGCGAUGAGGCCAUGUACGCCGCGGUGAUGCAACAGCCGCAGUACUCUCUCUUGUCAACCUUCGCCAUCGAGGUCGCCCUGGCCAUGUUGUGCAAGGCGAACCUGCGCGAGGAGGACGAGCUCUACGCCACCUUGGGCCACUCGGUGGGCGAAUUUGCCUCCGCCGUCAUCUCCGGCGCGCUCUCACUCGAAAGCGCGACAGCGCUGGUCUGCGAGCGCGGCCGCCUGAUGGAGCAGCACCCGACGCGCGGCUCAAUGAUGGCGGUUCGCGCCUCCUCCACGGACGCGAACCGCGCCAUCGACAGGGCUGGCGAGCGCGGCCGCGUUGUUGUCGCUUGCGACAACGGCCCUCGCGCAGCCGUGCUGUCUGGUGUGUGGGGGGCAUUGUCGACGGUGCUGCAGGGGCUUGCCCCUGGUGUUCAAGUGACGCGUGUCUCCGCGACUCACGCUGACCACUCUCCGGCCAUGGCGCCGCUGGCGGCGCUACUCGGCGCUUACGCGGUUCAGCUGUACGCGCAGGAGAAGCCGCAGUCGCCAGAGGUGCUCUGGGUGUCGACCGUCACCGGGCAUGCGAUGGCCGAGGAGAAUGCCAUCGAUCCGAUGCACUGGUCGCGGCAUUUCACCGCGCCCGUGCUCUACCAGGACGCGCUGAGCACGCUUCUCGAGGGCUGCUCCGAGACGGGUCGCCCCACCGUCGUCCUGGAGAUGGGAGAGGGCAUGCUCGAGCGCUUUGGAGCACAUACCUCCAUCGAGUUCGCCGUCGCCGCCUUGCGCUUCGUACCGCUCCUCGCGCGGGGCGAUACGACCGUGCAGUCGGUGUACCAACGCAUGCGCGGCGAGGUCUCCUCGAAGCCGGCCUUCUUGACGCAAGGCUCGUCUUCCUCCUCGCCCCUGAGGGCAGCGGCCGAGGCGGCCAACGUCGAGGCGGUGGGGCUUGAUGUGCCGCUCAUGGACGCGGGCCUGGACUCGGAGGCGGUCCCGCAACUAGUGCGCUCUCUUUCUCGGAUGAGCCACCUCUCCGGAAUGGACAGCUCGGACGUGAACGCUUCGCUGAUCUUCGAGGAGGGGAGCGUGCGAGCAAUCGCAGCGCGCAUGUCGAGCGAUGGCAGUGCGUCGAUCGCGGCGGGCGCAGCGAAUCUGCCUCUCGAUGUUGCGCCCAUCGACUCGAGCGAGUACGCUGUGGUUGGCAUCUGGUCUUGCGGGGGGGCGCGACUGCCGGCGGCCCCUCACGGGGUCCCCUCCUUCGCGCCAAAGCUCGCCGCAGGCUUUGACGCGAUCGGUUCCGUGCCAGGUCGCUGGGAGCCGCUUGCGGAUGAGCUGCUUCCGGGUUGCGCUGCUUGCUUGCGCCAUGGCGGCUUCAUCGCAGGCGCCGAGUACUUUGACAACGCCGCGUUCGGCAUCUCCAUCUCCGAAGCGUCGAGCAUCGAUCCGCAGCAGCGGAUUCUGCUCGAGAGCGGCGAGGCGGCGUUGCACGCAGCCGGUCUGCGGCGCGCGGGCCUACGAGGCAGCGAGACCGAGGUGUACCUGGCCACGAGCAACGUCGACUUUCGGGAGCUGAUGCCCAAGCAGAGUGUGUACGCCGCAACCGGCGCCUCGACUGCCGUCGCCGCGGGCCGGCUUUCCUUUACGCUCGGCCUGCAGGGCGCGUGCAUUACCAUCGACACGGCCUGCUCGUCCUCCUUGUCCGCGCUGCACGCCGCAGUGCUCAGCCAGCAGGCGCUUGACGGAGCUAACGUCGCGCUCGUCACGGCUGUCAAUUUGGUGCUCACGCCGUCUAUCUCUGUGGCGUACGCGAGGGCGGGCAUGCUCUCUGCAGACGGCCGCUGCCGCACCUUUGACCGGCGAGCCAACGGGUACGUGCGAUCGGAAGGCGUCGGUUCGCUCGUCCUUGGCUCGGGCGGCGACGCUGCCAAUCGCGUAGCCUUCUCCUCCAUUGCGCAGGACGGGCGGAGCGCGAGCCUCACCGCUCCUAGUGGAUCGGCGCAGGCAGCGCUCCUCGGCCGCGCCGCAGCACAGCUGGCCGGCGGGCAGCGGCUCUGCUUGCACGAGUCGCACGGCACCGGGACGGCGCUGGGCGAUCCGAUCGAGCUAAAGGCGGCGAGCAAGGGGUACGGCUCGCUCGACGGCAUUUUGGUGGGAACCCUCAAGGCGAGCGUCGGACACCUCGAGCCAGCUGCGGGGCUGGCGGGCUUGCUUGGGCUAGCUAUUGCCCUGAAGGCGCGAUCCGGAGCGCCCAACGGGCAGCUUCGGGUGCUAAACCCGCAAGUGUCGGCGCAUGUGCUUGGCCAAGGGGCGGCGCUGCUCACCCAGGGCAGCCAGACUACGUCGGGAGUCGCCGGUGGCGUGAGCUCGUUUGGGUACAGCGGCACCAUUGCCCACGCCGUGCUCGAGGCGGCGCCUGCAGCAUCGGCCGGACCUCCGUCUCUGCCUCCUCUCGUGUACAAGCGCCGCUCGUUCCCCUGGUACGAGGCAAAGGACAAGGGGCCGGCACCGAGCUGCAGGCUGGCUGGCGGCAUGCGAGCCUCCUCUGCUCUGCGUCGCCUCCGCCGCCUGCCCGACGCGGCUGCGCUCGUCCAGCUGCAGAGCCUCACCCUCGACGCGAGCGAGGAGCUGAGCGAAUGGCUCCGGGCCCGGCGAGAGCCUCUCGUGCUCCUCUGCCGAGGGCUGGUGGGCGGUGCGGGCGCGCUCCUGCUCCUCGACGCCGCCACGGUGGUCGUCGCCGACACCACCUUCACCCUCUCCAUGCAGCCAGAGGGCUCUCUGCGCCUCCAGAGGCGGCGUGCGGGGACAGCGACAGCCACAACGCUGUCGGCGUCCGAUGCAGCACAAGCUGGCCUGGUGGACUCGGCUCUCUCGCCCGCCACUGCGGCCGCCGAGUCUCGCCGCCUCGUGCAGCGCCUCUCCUCUCUCCCUGCUCCGCUCUUGAAGGCCUGCCGCUCGCUCCUGCCUGCGCCGAGUGUCGACGCCGCACUCGUUGCGAUGGGCUCGCUCUUUCCCCGCCCGCCACGCUCCAUCGGCAAGCGGCUCGUGCGGCUCUACGUCGAUGGCGAGUCGAAGGUGGCGGUGGUGGAGCUGAACGACCCGUCGCGCAUGAACAGCUUCUCGGCGGAGCUCGCCGAGGACGUGGCGGAGGCGGCGGCGAGCAUCGGCCGUGACCCGCUCGUCAAGGCGAUUGUGCUCCAGGGCGCGGGCCCGCACUUCUCGGUCGGCGGCAACCCCUUUCAACGGGAGAAGGCGGCUGCGCCGCUUGCUGCUGUUGCGCUCGGAAUGCAGGUGUGGUACGACGGCUUUGGCGCGCUGUACAAGCUCGGCGUGCCAUUGAUCGCCGCGGUGCACGGCAAGCUGAUUGGCGGCGGCGUCGCUGCCUGCCUGCACGCUGACUACAUUGUGGCCGACUCGAAGGCCACGUUCGAGCACGGCAACCUCGUGCGCGGCGUCUGUCCUCUCGGCAUGCUGUCUCAGACCCUUCCAAACGCGGUGGGGCGAGCACGGGCGCUCUCCAUCUAUCUCACCAACGACACGCUCGACGCCGCCGCAGCACGCGAGGCGAGGCUCGCAAAUGAGGUGUGUACCGAGGGAGUCGAGGCUACGCAGCGUCGCGCCUUUGACGUCGCGUGUGAGAUCGUUCGAGCAGAUGCCGCGCAGGCCCUCCUGCAGUCUCGAGUCGCAGCCGACGUGGCGCACCGGGCCGCAGAGGCUGUCGGCCACGCCGAAUGCCGACUCGCCAACGGCGGUGCCUUCGCCAAGGCCCCUAUUACCGACUCCUACGCCGUACCGCCGCUGGAUCUUUCGUCGUUCCUUCUCGAGCCACCCAGCGUCGCCGCCCCGCCCGAGUUCACCGUCCACACCGUUUUCGUUCCCGCUUCUCUUGGCGGCCUGGAGCUGGACUGGCCCGACAACGCGCUCCUCGUCUUCCGCGGCGUGGAGGGGUCUGAGCACUUCUGCCUCGGCGCCGACCCGUCGCCAGCCAACCUCAAGAGCGGCAGCUUUCUCGACGGCUUGCCCGCCUUUGGCCAGCUGCUCGAGCGGCUUCGCGACGCGCCGAUGCCAAAGGUGGUGGUUUGCCAUGGCGCCACUCGCGGAGGAGGAAUGCUCUUCCCCUGCCUCGGCACGGCGGUGCUCGCGCACUCGGACGCCACCUUUGGCUUCCCCGAGAUCCGUCGCGGCGCCUUGCCCGGCGUGGUCAGCGUCGCGGCGAGGCGGCGGCUGAGCCCCGCGGCGUGCGAGUGGCUCUUCUGCACGGGCGACGCCAUCGACGCCGCCACCGCGCAGCGGCUCGGGCUGGUCGACUUUGUGGGGAGCUGGGAGGAGCUCGAUGCCGAGUUGGCGCGGCUGGAGCGCCACUUCGUCUCGUCAGCGCCGAGGCUGCGCGCGCCAUCGCCCUUGCCAGCCUCCGAGGUGACGAUUGAGGCGGACGCGGACUCGCGGGUGGCGCUGCUCGAGGUGACUGCCGCGUCGGUCGGAGGCCUGUGGCGCGAUGCGCUCCUGGUUCUGGACAAGCUCUCGCCGACUUUGCGAGUGCUCGUCCUCUCCGCGGAGGGGCAGGGUGGACCGUCGGACAGCCUGUCUCGCGAGGCGUGCCACCGCCUCGACGCCGCGAUGAGCAGGCUCAGCGAGGCGGGCGUCGUCGUCGUCUGCUGCGUGCGAGGGCAGGCUGCGGGCCUGCUGCUGCAUGCAUGCCUCGGGGCGCACUAUCGCAUCGUGGAGGCAGGGGCUGCGUUUUCCUUCGACGGCGAGAGUGAGUGCACUCGAGCGGCGGCCUUCCACUUGCUCCAAGCCGACGACGCAAAGUGCCUUCUGCAAGAAGGGGCCGUGAGCUCGGCUCGAGCUCUGGAGCUGGGCCUCGCGAGCGAGCGGGUCGAGGGCGCUGGUGAGCGAGCGCUGCGGUUUGCGCAUUGGCUCGUGCAGCACCCGGCGGUAGGCGUGCGGCACAUGCUGCGGCUCACCUGUCGCCCGGCAGCUGACGAGGCGGCGCAAGAGGCCAGGCGCAGCAACGAGGCGCUGCUUCUUGAAGGGCUGAGCAGUCCGCCCCGGGCUUUGCCCGCCGCGAAGCGGGAGGGGCUCCAUCUCCGAUCCCUCCAGCCGCCAAGCGAGCGCUUGCUGGCCGGCGCAGCCGCCCGCCGGAAGCUGUCCUCUCCGCCGCCAGCACCAGCACCCGCCCUCCUACCGAGCCCGCACCCUCCCUCUGAGACCACCUCCCGCCACGCCGGCCUGCACGCGCUCGAGGUGUACGUGCCUCGCCACGCCGUCUCGGCGGCCGAGCUCGAGACCGCGCACGGCGUGCCGGGCAAGUACACGGUCGGGCUGCGGAUGGCCGAGUGGGCCGCGUGCGACGAGGACGAGGACGUCGUGUCGAUGGCGCUCACGGCGGUGCGGCGGCUGGUCGAGGCGCACGGCCUGCGGUACGAGGACGUGGGCAUGCUGCAGGUGGGGACCGAGUCGCUGCUCGACCGGUCCAAGAGCGUGAAGAGCCACCUGAUGGCGCUCUUUGCGCCGCACGGCUGCGCCAACGUGGAGGGCAUCGACUGCUACCACGCCUGCUACGGCGGCACGGCGGCGCUGCUCGCGUGCGCCAACUGGGUGGAGAGCUCGGCGUGGGACGGGCGGUGGGCGAUCGCCGUGUGCACCGACGUGAGCGACGCGCCCAAGCAGUACCCCUUCAUGAACGGCGCGGCGUGCGUGGCGAUGCUGGUCGGGCCGGACGCGCCCCUCGCGCUCGAGGCCGGCCGCGUGAGCCACAUCGUGCACGAGUGGGACUUCUACAAGCCGGUGGGCUGGCCGACGAUGGGCCCGAUCUACGACGGCCCCGGCUCGAUGGAGGUGUACUUCUCGUGCCUCGCCGCCUGCCAGCGCGAGGCCGAGGCGCGGGGCGGCGGCACCUUUGUCGACGCGCACGACUUCCUCGUCUUCCACCUCGGCAGCGGGCCCAAGUUUGUGCGGCACGCCUUUGAGAGCGCCAUCGCAGCGGCGCACGGCGAGGGCUCUGUCGGCGAGGAGGAGGUGGAGGCGAUGUUCGAGCGGCUGGUGGCUCCGUCGCUCCGCCUCGCCUCGCGCAUCGGCCCGAUGCACACCGCCGCCACCUACGUCAACCUCGCCUCGCUCCUGCUGCACGCGUCGCCGCCGGUCGGCUCUCGCAUCGGCGUCUUCUCGUACGGCUCGGGCGCCGCAUCGACGAUGUAUGCCCUGCGCGUGCGCGGCGAGGCGCGUGUCGACGCGGCGGCGCUGGUAGGCAUGCUCGACGCGCGGGAGGUGCUGCCUCCGUCCGACUUUGUGGCGGUGUGCGACCGCUUCUCGGCGACGUACGGCCGCUUCGACUGGACGCCUCGCGUGCGGGGCGUGUCGCCGGCGCGCAGCUACCGCAUCAAGGCGGUGGGCGUGCUGGGGCGGCGGGAGUACGAGUACGUGCCGUUUGACGAGGUGCAGCUAAGGGCGCCUGACGUGGCUGCUGCUCAAGCGACAGAGAGCGCCGUGCAAGCUGCGUCGGCCUCAUCACUUGCGCUUCAGCAGCUCCUCGGCUCCCUCGCCGGCGGCGGCAGCCAGGGCCCUGCCGCCACCGCCGCCCCCUCGGUCGACGUGGCGGCUGUGGUGGCGUCGGUGGCGAGCGAGGUGGCGGGCGGCGAGGUGGACGCCGACGCGCCGCUGAUGGAGGCGGGCCUCGACUCGCUCGGCGCCGUCGAGCUCCGCACGCGGCUGGCGUCGGAGCUCGGCGACGCCUCCCUGCCCGAGACGCUGGUCUUCGACUUCCCGACGCUGCGGCAGCUCGAGGCGCACCUGUCGGUGAGGGUGACGCCGACCGCAGCUACUCAAUACCCUGAUGGCGCAGCCCUGCUCGCUAUGCUGAUUGGACAGGCCUCUGGCGCAUCUCACUCGAAUCAGAAUCAGCUGCCACUCCAGCAGAUCACUGUAACAGGAACGUGCUGUGCUCUUGCGGGCGGCAUCGCUUCUUUGGAGGGACUGGUGGCCACGUCAGUGACUGGUUGCGAUCUGGUCAAUGAGGUGCCAGCCACGCGCUGGGACGUCGAUGACUCUCCUCCCGGAUACGGUGCCGAGGUCCUUGGGCGAGCUCGCCACGGCGGCUUUAUGCAGGGCGCCGAGCUCUUUGACAACGCUCGAUUCAACGUCUCUCCGGCGGAGGCGGCAGCAACGGACCCGCAGCAGCGGCUGCUGCUCGAGCACGGCUAUGCCGCGCUGCACGCCUCGGGCUUCGAGAAGGCCUCGUUGAUGGGAAGCGGGGCCGGAGUUGCGGUGGGCAUUUACACCACGGAGUUCAGCCAUGUGCUGGCAGCUGGCCCGCUGCAGCGCAGCGUCUACACGGCCACCAGCUCGAGCCUCUCUAUCGCGAGCGGCCGCCUGUCCUUCGUGCUCGGCCUGCAAGGGCCUUGUGCGGCUUUUGAGACGGCUUGCUCCGCCUCCCUAGUCGGUUGCCACUCCGCACUGCGCGCGCUCCAGCAUGGAGAGUGCGAGCAGCACCUCGCAGCGGGCGUCAAUGCGAUGCUUGUGCAGGGCACCGCUCUGUGGAUUGCAGCUGCCGGAAUGAGCUCGAUCACCGGCCGCUCCCACACCUUCGACAGCCGCGCCGACGGCUUUGCGCGAGGCGAGGGGUGCUGCGCGGCGGUGCUUGCGAUGCGCGAAGAGAGCAGCGGCUUCUUAGAGCUCUCCCUCCUCGGCAGCUGCGUGCGGCAGGACGGCAAGAGCGCGAGCCUCACCGCGCCCAACGGGCAGGCGCAGCAGGCGCUGCUGCGGGCCGCCCUCGCCGACGGAGGCGUCGAGCCCGCCGCCCUCUCGGCCUACGAGGCGCACGGCACAGGCACGCCGCUCGGCGACCCGAUCGAGGUGCGCUCGCUGACGGCGGCGGUGCUGGCUGCGCGCGCGCCGUCGCCGCCGCUCUGCGUGGGCAGCCUCAAGGCGAACUGCGGCCACGCCGAGCCGGCGGCGGGGCUGGCGGGGCUGCUACGGCUGGCGGCGGGGCUGCUCGAGGCGCAGGCGCCGCCCAACGCGCAGCUGCGGCGCAUCAACCCGCACGUCGGCUCUGCGGUGGUGGGCGCGGCGUGCGCGCUGCCGACGCAGCUAGCUCGAGGGCUGGAUGCCGCGGCGGGCGGGAGGGGCGGCGUGAGCUCGUUUGGGUACAGCGGCACCAUCGCACAUGCCGUGCUCGAGGCGGCGCCUGCUGCAUCGGCCGAGCCUCCGCCUCUGCCUCCUCUCGUGUACAAGCGCCGCUCGUUCCCCUGGUACGAGGCAAAGGGCAAGGGUUCUGCAGCACCGAGCUGCAGGCUGGCUGGCAGCAUGCGAGCCUCCUCUGCCCUGCGCCGCCUCCGCCGCCUGCCCGACGCGGCUGCGCUCGUCCAGCUGCAGAGCCUCACCCUCGACGCGAGCGAGGAGCUGAGUGAAUGGCUCCGGGCCCGGCGAGAGCCUCUCGUGCUCCUCUGCCGAGGGCUGGUGGGCGGUGCGGGCGCGCUCCUGCUCCUCGACGCCGCCACGGUGGUCGUCGCCGACACCACCUGCACCCUCUCGGUGCAGCCAGAGGGCUCUGUGCGCCUCAAGAGGCGGCCUGCGGGGAUAGCGACAGCCACAACGCUGUCGGCGCCCGAUGCAGCACAAGCUGGCCUGGUGGACUCCACCCUCUCGCCCGCCACUGCGGCCGCCGAGUCUCGCCGCCUCGUCCAGCGCCUCUCGUCUCUUCCUGCUCCGCUCUUGAAGACGUGCCGCUCGCUCCUGCCUGCGCCGAGUGUCGACGCCGCACUCGUUGCGAUGGGCUCGCUCUUUCCCCACCCGCCACGCUCCAUCGGCAGGCGGCUCGUGCGGCUCUACGUCGAUGGCGAGUCGAAGGUGGCGGUGGUGGAGCUGAACGACCCGACGCGCAUGAACAGCUUCUCGGCGGAGCUCGCCGAGGACGUGGCGGAGGCGGCGGCGAGCAUCGGCCGUGACCCGCUCGUCAAGGCGAUUGUGCUCCAGGGCGCGGGCCCGCACUUCUCGGUCGGCGGCAACCCCUUUCAACGGGAGAAGGCGGCCGCGCCACUUGCUGCUGUUGCGCUCGGGUGCCAGGCGGCGUUUGAUGGCUUUGGCGCGCUGUACAAGCUCGGCGUGCCACUGGUUGCCGCGGUGCACGGCAAGCUGAUUGGCGGCGGCGUCGCUGCCUGCCUACACGCUGACUACAUUGUGGCCGACUCAAAGGCCACGUUCGAGCACGGCAACCUCGUGCGCGGCGUCUGUGUUCUCGGCAUGCUAUCUCAGACGCUUCCAAAUGCGGUGGGGCGAGCACGGGCGCUUUCCAUCUAUCUCACCAACGACACGCUCGACGCCGCCGCAGCACACGAGGCGAGGCUUGCCAACGAGGUGUGUACUGAGGGAGUCGAAGCCACGCAGCGUCGCGCCCUUGACGUCGCGUGUGAGAUAGUCCGAGGAGAUGCCGCGCAGGCCCUCUUGCAGUCUCGAGUCGCAGCCGACGUGGCGCACCGGGCCGCAGAGGCUGUCGGCCACGCCGAAUGCCGACUCGCCAACGGCGGUAGCUACUCGACGGCCCCUCUCACCGACUCUCACGCCGUACCGCCGCUCGAUCUGACGCCGCUCCUUCUCGAGCCACCCACCAUCGCCACCCCGCCCGAGUACUCCGUCCACACCGUUUUCGUUCCCGCUUCUCUUGGCGGCUUGGAGCUGGAUUGGCCCGACAACGCGCUCCUCGUCUUCCGCGGCGUGGAGGGGUCUGAGCACUUCUGCCUCGGCGGCGACCCGUCGCCAGCCAACCUCAAGAGCGGCAGCUUUCUCGACGGCUUGCCCGCCUUUGGCCAGCUGCUCGAGCGGCUUCGCGACGCGCCGAUGCCAAAGGUGGUGGUUUGCCAUGGCGCCACUCGCGGAGGAGGAAUGCUCUUCCCCUGCCUCGGCACGGCGGUGCUCGCGCACUCGGACGCCACCUUUGGCUUCCCCGAGAUCCGUCGCGGCGCCUUGCCCGGCGUGGUCAGCGUCGCGGCGAGGCGGCGGCUGAGCCCCGCGGCGUGCGAGUGGCUCUUCUGCACGGGCGACGCCAUCGACGCCGCCACCGCGCAGCGGCUCGGGCUGGUCGACUUUGUGGGGAGCUGGGAGGAGCUCGAUGCCGAGUUGGCGCGGCUGGAGCGCCACUUCGUCUCGUCAGCGCCAAGGCUGCUCGGGCCAUCGCCCUUGCCAGCCCCCGAGGUGACGAUUGAGGCGGACGCAGACUCGCGGGUGGCGCUGCUCGAGGUGACUGCCGCGUCGGUCGGAGGCCUGUGGCGCGAUGCGCUCCUGGUUCUGGACAAGCUCUCGCCGACUUUGCGAGUGCUCGUCCUCUCCGCGGAGGGGCAGGGUGGACCGUCGGACAGCCUGUCUCGCGAGGCGUGCCACCGCCUCGACGCCGCGAUGAGCAGGCUCAGCGAGGCGGGCGUCGUCGUCCUCUGCUGCGUGCGAGGGCAGGCUGCGGGCCUGCUGCUGCAUGCAUGCCUCGGGGCGCACUAUCGCAUCGUGGAGGUAGGGGCUGCGUUUUCCUUCGACGGCGAGAGUGAGUGCACUCGAGCGGCGGCCUUCCGAUUGCUCCAAGCCGACGACGCAAAGUGCCUUCUGCAAGAAGGGGCCGUGAGCUCGGCUCGAGCUCUAGAGCUGGGCCUUGCGAGCGAGCGGGUCGAGGGCGCUGGUGAGCGAGCGCUGCAGUUUGCGCAUUGGCUCGUGCAGCACUCGGCGGUCGGCGUGCGGCACGUGCUGCGGCUCACCUGUCGCCCGGCAGCUGACGAGGCGGCGCAAGAGGCCAGGCGCAGCAACGAGGCGCUGCUUCUUGAAGGGCUGAGCAGUCCGCCCCGGGCUUUGCCCGCCGCGAAGCGGGAGGGGCUCCAUCUCCGAUCCCUCCAGCCGCCAAGCGAGCGCUUGCUGGCCGGCGCAGCCGCCCGCCGGAAGCUGCCCUCUCCGCCGCCAGCAGCAGCACCCGCCCUCCUACCGAGCCCACACCCUCCCUCUGAGACCACCUCCCGCCGCGCCGGCCUGCACGCGCUCGAGGUGUACGUGCCUCGCCACGCCGUCUCUGCGGCCGAGCUCGAGACCGCGCACGGCGUGCCGGGCAAGUACACGGUCGGGCUGCGGAUGGCCGAGUGGGCCGCGUGCGACGAGGACGAGGACGUCGUGUCGAUGGCGCUCACGGCGGUGCGGCGGCUGGUGGAGGCGCAGGGCUUGCGGUACGAGGACGUGGGCAUGCUGCAGGUGGGGACCGAGUCGCUGCUCGACCGGUCCAAGAGCGUGAAGAGCCACCUGAUGGCGCUCUUUGCGCCGCACGGCUGCGCCAACGUCGAGGGCAUCGACUGCUACCACGCCUGCUACGGCGGCACGGCGGCGCUGCUCGCGUGCGCCAACUGGGUGGAGAGCUCGGCGUGGGACGGGCGGUGGGCGAUCGCCGUGUGCACCGACGUGAGCGACGCGCCCAAACAGUACCCCUUCAUGAACGGCGCGGCGUGCGUGGCGAUGCUGGUCGGGCCGGACGCGCCCCUCGCGCUCGAGGCCGGCCGCGUGAGCCACAUCGUGCACGAGUGGGACUUCUACAAGCCGGUGGGCUGGCCGACGAUGGGCCCGAUCAUCGACGGCCCCGGCUCGAUGGAGGUGUACUUCUCGUGCCUCGCCGCCUGCCAGCGCGAGGCCGAGGCGCGGGGCGGCGGCACCUUUGUCGACGCGCACGACUUCCUCGUCUUCCACCUCGGCAGCGGGCCCAAGUUUGUGCGGCACGCCUUCGAGAGCGCCGUCGCCGCGGCGCACGGCGAGGGCUCUGUCGGCGAGGAGGAGGUGGAGGCGAUGUUCGAGCGGCUGGUGGCUCCGUCGCUCCGCCUCGCCUCGCGCAUCGGCCCGAUGCACACCGCCGCCACCUACGUCAACCUCGCCUCGCUCCUGCUGCACGCGUCCCCGCCGGUCGGCUCUCGCAUCGGCGUCUUCUCGUACGGCUCGGGCGCCGCGUCGACCAUGUACGCCCUGCGCGUGCGCGGCGAGGCGCGUGUCGACGCGGCUGCGCUGUUGGGCAUGCUCGACGCGCGGGAGCGCCUGCCUCCGUCCGACUUUGUGGCGGUGUGCGACCGCUUCUCGGCGACGUACGGCCGCUUCGACUGGACGCCUCGCGUGCGGGGCGUGUCGCCGGCGCGCAGCUACCGCCUCAAGGCGGUGGGCGUGCUGGGGCGGCGGGAGUACGAGUACAUCGGUCUGGCGGUCGACGCUACUCCCCAGAUAUGCUUCUGCCCAAUCGCCCUGCCGCCAUCCUCGCCGCCUCUACCCCCCCGCCACGCCGGCCUGCACGCGCUCGAGGUGUACGUGCCUCGCCACGCCGUCUCGGCGGCCGAGCUCGAGACCGCGCACGGCGUGCCGGGCAAGUACACGGUCGGGCUGCGGAUGGCCGAGUGGGCCGCGUGCGACGAGGACGAGGACGUCGUCUCGAUGGCGCUCACGGCGGUGCGGCGGCUGGUGGAGGCGCAGGGCUUGCGGUACGAGGACGUGGGCAUGCUGCAGGUGGGGACCGAGUCGCUGCUCGACCGGUCGAAGAGCGUGAAGAGCCACCUGAUGGCGCUCUUUGCGCCGCACGGCUGCGCCAACGUGGAGGGCAUCGACUGCUACCACGCCUGCUACGGCGGCACGGCGGCGCUGCUCGCGUGCGCCAACUGGGUGGAGAGCUCGGCGUGGGACGGGCGGUGGGCGAUCGCCGUGUGCACCGACGUGAGCGACGCGCCCAAGCAGUACCCCUUCAUGAACGGCGCGGCGUGCGUGGCGAUGCUGGUCGGGCCGGACGCGCCCCUUGCGCUCGAGGCCGGCCGCGUGAGCCACAUCGUGCACGAGUGGGACUUCUACAAGCCGGUGGGCUGGCCGACGAUGGGCCCGAUCGUCGACGGCCCCGGCUCGAUGGAGGUGUACUUCUCGUGCCUCGCCGCCUGCCAACGCGAGGUCGAGGCGCGGGGCGGCGGCACCUUUGUCGACGCGCACGACUUCCUCGUCUUCCACCUCGGCAGCGGGCCCAAGUUUGUGCGGCACGCCUUUGAGAGCGCCGUCGCCGCGGCGCACGGCGAGGGCUCUGUCGGCGAGGAGGAGGUGGAGGCGAUGUUCGAGCGGCUGGUGGCUCCGUCGCUCCGCCUCGCCUCGCGCAUCGGGCCGAUGCACACCGCCGCCACCUACGUCAACCUCGCCUCGCUCCUGCUGCACGCGUCCCCGCCGGUCGGCUCUCGCAUCGGCGUCUUCUCGUACGGCUCGGGCGCCGCGUCGACGAUGUACGCCCUGCACGUGCGCGGCGAGGCGCGUGUCGACGCGGCUGCGCUGUUGGGCAUGCUCGACGCGCGGGAGGUGCUGCCUCCGUCCGACUUUGUGGCGGUGUGCGACCGCUUCUCGGCGACGUACGGCCGCUUCGACUGGACGCCUCGCGUGCGGGGCGUGUCGCCGGCGCGCAGCUACCGCCUCAAGGCGGUGGGCGUGCUGGGGCGGCGGGAGUACGAGUACGUGCCGUUUGACGAGGUGCCGCUGAGGGCGCCCGACGUGAUAACUGCUGAGGGGACAGAGAGCGUCGUGCAAGCUGCAUCGCCCUCAUCACCUGCGCUGCUGCAGCUCCUCGGCUCCCUCGCCGGCGGCGGCAGCCAGGGCCCUGCCGCCACCGCCGCCCCCUCGGUCGACGUGGCGGCUGUGGUGGCGUCGGUGGCGAGCGAGGUGGCGGGCGGCGAGGUGGACGCCGACGCGCCGCUGAUGGAGGCGGGCCUCGACUCGCUCGGCGCCGUCGAGCUCCGCACGCGGCUGGCGUCGGAGCUCGGCGACGCCUCCCUACCCGAGACGCUGGUCUUCGACUUCCCGACGCUGCGGCAGCUCGAGGCGCACCUGUCGGCGAGGGUGACGCCGACUGCAGCUACUCAAUACCCUGAUGGCGCAGCCCUGCUCGCUAUGCUGAUUGGACAGGCCUCUGGCGCAUCUCACUCGAAUCAGAAUCAGCUGCCACUCCAGCAGAUCACUGUAACAGGAACAUGCUGUGCUCUUGCGGGCGGCAUCGCUUCUUUGGAGGCGCUGGUGGCCACGUCAGUGACUGGUUGCGAUCUGGUCAAUGAGGUGCCAGCCACGCGCUGGGACGUCGAUGACUCUCCUCCCGGAUACGGUGCUGAGGUCCUUGGGCGAGCUCGCCACGGCGGCUUCAUGCAGGGCGCCGAGCUCUUUGACAACGCUCGAUUCAACGUCUCUCCGGCGGAGGCGGCAGCAAUGGACCCGCAGCAGCGGCUGCUGCUCGAGCACGGCUAUGCCGCGCUGCACGCCUCGGGCUUCGAGAAGGCCUCGUUGAUGGGAAGCGGGGCCGGAGUUGCGGUGGGCAUUUACACCACGGAGUUCAGCCAUGUGCUGGCAGCUGGCCCGCUGCAGCGCAGCGUCUACACGGCCACCAGCUCGAGCCUCUCUAUCGCGAGCGGCCGCCUGUCCUUCGUGCUCGGCCUGCAAGGGCCUUGUGCGGCUUUUGAGACGGCUUGCUCCGCCUCCCUAGUCGGUUGCCACUCCGCACUGCGCGCGCUCCAGCAUGGAGAGUGCGAGCAGCACCUCGCAGCGGGCGUCAAUGCGAUGCUUGUGCAGGGCACCGCUCUGUGGAUUGCAGCUGCCGGAAUGAGCUCGAUCACCGGCCGCUCCCACACCUUCGACAGCCGCGCCGACGGCUUUGCGCGAGGCGAGGGGUGCUGCGCGGCGGUGCUUGCGAUGCGCGAAGAGAGCAGCGGCUUCUUAGAGCUCUCCCUCCUCGGCAGCUGCGUGCGGCAGGACGGCAAGAGCGCGAGCCUCACCGCGCCCAACGGGCAGGCGCAGCAGGCGCUGCUGCGGGCCGCCCUCGCCGACGGAGGCGUCGAGCCCGCCGCCCUCUCGUGCUACGAGGCGCACGGCACCGGCACGCCGCUCGGCGACCCGAUCGAGGUGCGCUCGCUGGCGGCGGCGGUGCUAGCCGCGCGCGCGCCGUCGCCGCCACUCUGCGUGGGCGGCCUCAAGGCGAACUGCGGCCACGCCGAGUCUGCGGCGGGGAUGGCGGGGCUGCUACUGCUAGCGGCGGGGCUGCUCGAGGCGCGAGCGCCGCCCAACGGGCAGCUGCGGCGCAUCAACCCGCACGUCGGCUCUGCGGUGGAGGGCGUGGCGUGCGCGCUGCCGACGCAGCUGGCGCGAGGGCUGGAUGGCGCGGCGGGCGGGAGGGGCGGCGUGAGCUCGUUUGGGUACAGCGGCACGAUCGCCCACGCCGCGAUCGAGGCGGCGCCGCCCUCUCUCGGCUCGAUCAGCCCGCCGCCGCUCGCCUACGCUCGCCGCCGCUACGCGUGGCGCGAGGCGCCCCACCCGCUCCUCCAGCGGCGAGAGGCGGACGCCGUUGGGCGGCAGGCGGACGCCUUCUCCUCGCCAGCCAGCGGGCCCCUCCUCGCCCUCGUCGCCGACCACGUCGUGCGGGGCCGCGUCGUCUUCCCCGCCGCCGCCUACCUCGAGAUGGCUCGCGCGGCGUGCGUCGCCCUCUACGGUGGCGGCGGAGGGGCGUCGCUGCGGCGCGUCCUCUUCCUGCAGCCGCUCGUGCUGGACGGCGGCCAGAGCGAGGCGCAGGUGCGGGUGGGCGCGAUCAAGGGUCGGUUCGAGGUGACCUACGAGGGAGGCGGCGAGGCGUCGACGGCUCACUGCGCCGGCGACGCGUCGGCCGCGUCGGGCCCGCUCCUUGGCCUCUCGCUCGCCGCGGCUCGCGCCUCGUGCGGCGAGGCGGUCGACGCCGCCUCGCUCUACUCGCUUCUCCGCUCGGUCGGCCUCGAGUACGGCCCUCGGUACCGCACGCUCGAGCUGGCGGCCGUCUCGCGCGCCGCAGGCGUCGCCGUCGGCCGGCUGUGCCGCCGCUCGCGCAAGGAGGGCACUCGCGUCCACCCGGCCGACCUCGACGGCUCGCUGCACCUGUCCUCGCUGCUCGCCUUGACGGCGGAGGGCGAGACGCGGCUGCCCUUCUCUGUGGGCGAGGCGGCGCUGGCGGAUGCGAGCGGCACGGCGUGGCCGGUGGCGGAGCGGGAGGGCGGCGGUGCGGUCGGGGUGGUCGUCGCCAGCGGCGCCGCCUCGGCGGGCGUGCGCCUGGCCGGCUUCGAGUCGCGUGUGCUCAAGGCGUCGCUCGAUGCGUCGGCGCAGCGCGUGCGGCACCUGUACGUCACCGAGUGGGAAGGGAGCGAGACACCUGUCACCGCCACGGCCUCGGUCCUCGUCCUGGGCUCGAGGCGAGGAGAGAGAGGCUUCGAUGAGGCAUCACCGAGCCCAGCAGGCAGCACCGAGCGCUUCGGCGGCCUUUCCUUCGUAGCACCGGCGGCGGCGGGCCGGGCAGCCUUCCCGCCACUGGCUGCUCUCGACGCAGCCUUGUCGCUGCUGCGCGUGCGGCUGGCUUCAACGGCCCCGCCCCGCCUCGUCCUGCUCACCGCCGGCGCGCACGCUCACGGAGCCAGCGCCGCGCCCGGCUCCCACCACGCCGGCUCGCUCGGCCUCGCCCGCACGGCGCGAGCAGAGGGCGCCUCAGACCUGCACCAGCUCGACCUGGCGCCGGCGAGUGCAGCGCACGCGCUCGCCGUCGCCAGCGCUCUACCGCUCGACGAGCCCGACCUCCUCCUUCGCAAGGGGCUGCUUCUCGCGCCUCGCCUGCAGCCGUGCACCCAGCCGCCCUCCGCCGAGACCGAUGCGCCCACCCUCGGCUCGCACCUCCUCACCGGCGGGCUGGGCGGGCUGGGCCUCGUCACAGCCAGCUGGCUCGCAGAAAGCGGCGCUGGUCGGCUCAUCCUCGCGUCUCGCAGCGGCGCCGUGGCCCCUGGCGGAGCGGCUGACCGGCUGCCGCCGCGCUGCACCGUCCUCGCCGCCGCGUGCGAUGCCGCCCAGCCGUCCAGCGUGGCGCGGCUUCUGUGCUGCGCGGCGAGCGGAGAUGGCGAUGCGGCGCCGCUGAGUGGCGUGUGGCACGCGGCGGGCGUGCUCGCGGACGCCGUGCUCGCCUCGCAGACGGCGGCGACGCUGCAGCGCGUGUACGCUCCCAAGGCGGUCGGCGGCUGGGGCCUGCACCGAGCAUGCGCCGCCUCGCCGCUCGACGCGUGCGUGCUCUUCUCGUCGGUGGCGGCGCUGCUGAGCGGGGGCGGCCAGGCCAACUACUCCGCCGCCAACUGCUGCCUCGACGCGCUCGCCGCCUCGCGGCACGCCCGCGGCUCUGUGGCGACGAGCGUGCAGUGGGGGCCGUGGGCAGAAGUCGGCAUGGCGGCGGGGCAGGGGGUGAACGCGCGACUGCAGGCGGGCGGCAUCGGGCUCCUCUCGCCCGCGCAAGGGCUUGCAGCGCUCGGCGCGUCGCUGCUUCUUCCCUUUUCCCCGGUCGUGGCGGCCAUCAUCGUGGACUGGCGCCGCUUCCUCCGCGGCGCGAGGGUCGCGCCUGCCUUCUUCAGGGCCGUGGCGCCCGCCGUGGCGUCGACAUCGACCGAGGCCGUCGCAUCUCGCGCGAGAGCCUCUGCCGUCGGCAUGGAUGAGGUGCUGGAGAUGGUGAAGCAGACGGCGGGGGCAGAGGUGGACGCGGACGCGCCGCUGAUGGAGGCGGGCCUCGACUCGCUCGGCGCCGUCGAGCUGCGCAACCAGCUGGAGAGGGCGUCGGGAGCGACGCUGCCGAGCACGCUCGUCUUUGAGCACCCGACCGUGCGACAGCUCGCCACCCACCUCGGCUCGCUCAGCGGCGCCGCUCCGGCCGGCGCAGCAGCGGCCACAAUCCACAGCGCAGAUGAACGCGUGGUGGGGCUCGUUUCGAUGUGUGCCGUCGCUCCUGACGGCGCGCAGGGCGAUGGUAUCCGCGGCUUGUGGCGAAUGGCUGCGGCAGGCCACGAUGCGGCCAGCGAGGUGCCAGCGAGCCGCUGGGACACAUCCGACCUCUCUCGCUUCUCUAGCGCGGCUGUGUCUGAGCCCGUCGCCGCUCGACAGCGCUGCGCCUCCUUCCUCGCUGACGCGGAGCUCUUUGACAACAGCUUCUUUGGCGUCUCGCCGGCCGAGGCGGCGACGAUGGACCCGCAGCAGCGGAGGCUGCUCGAGUGCGGCUACGAGGCGCUGCAUGGCGCGGCGAUGCGCAAGGCGGAGCUGCUGGGCAGCGUGACGGGCGUCUUCCUCGGCAUCUGGAACCCCGAGUUUGGCGAGUUGAUGGCUCGCUCACCCUCUCUCGCGUCGAGCGCCUACUCGGCGACUGCGGCCACCUGCUCGGUGGCGGCGGGACGCCUCUCUUUCGUGCUCGGCCUGCAGGGACCUUGCUCCUCGAUCGACACGGCUUGCUCGAGCGGCAUCGUCGCGUCGCACGGUGGCUCGCGCGCGCUGCAGAUGCGCGAGUGCACUGCUGCCCUCGCCCUCGGCGUCAACAUGAUUUUCAGCCAGGCGGCGUGCAUCAGCAUGGCCGUGGCCGGCAUGACCUCCCCCCGAGGCCGCUCGCACUCGUUUGACAGCCGCGCCGACGGCUACGGCCGCGGCGAGGGCUGCCAUGCCGCAGUGCUGCAGCCAAGCGGCGAUGGCGACACGCCGGGGCUCUCCCUCCUCGGCAGCUGCGUGCGGCAGGACGGCAAGAGCGCGAGCCUCACCGCGCCCAACGGGCAGGCGCAGCAGGCGCUGCUGCGGGCCGCCCUCGCCGACGGAGGCGUCGAGCCCGCCGCCCUCUCGUGCUACGAGGCGCACGGCACCGGCACGCCGCUCGGCGACCCGAUCGAGGUGCGCUCGCUCGCGGCGGCGGUGCUGUCUGCGCGCGCGCCGUCGCCGCCGCUCUGCGUGGGCAGCCUCAAGGCGAACUGCGGCCACGCCGAGCCUGCGGCGGGGCUGGCGGGGCUGCUACGGCUGGCGGCGGGGCUGCUCGAGGCGCGGGCGCCGCCCAACGCGCAGCUGCGGCGCAUCAACCCGCACGUCGGCUCUGCGGUAGAGGGCGUGGCGUGCGCGCUGCCGACGCAACUGGCGCGAGGGCUGGAUGCCGCGGCGGGCGGGAGGGGCGGCGUGAGCUCGUUUGGGUACAGCGGUACGAUCGCCCACGCUGUGCUCGAGGCGGCGGCGCCCUCCCUCAGCACCAGCAGCCCGCCGCCGCUCGCCUACGCCCGCCGCCGCUACGCGUGGCGCGAGGCGCCCCACCCGCUCCUCCAGCGGCGAGAGGCGGACGCCGAAGGGCGGCAGGCCGACGCCUUCUCCUCGCCGGCCAGCGGGCCCCUCCUCGCCCUCGUCGCCGACCACGUCGUGCGGGGCCGCGUCGUCGUCCCCGCCGCCGCCUACCUCGAGAUGGCUCGCGCGGCGUGCGUCGCCCUCUCCGGCGGCGGCGGAGGGGCGUCGCUGCGGCGCGUCCUCUUCCUGCAGCCGCUCGUGCUGGACGGCGGCCUGAGCGAGGCGCGGGUGCGGGUGGGCGUGAUCAAGGAUCGGUUCGAGGUGGCCUACGAGAGAGGCGGCGACACGUCGACGGCUCACUGCGCCGGCGACGCGUCGGCCGCGUCGGGCCAUCUCCCUGGCCUCUCGCUCGCCGCGGCUCGCGCCUCGUGCGGCGAGGCGGUCGACGCCGCCUCGCUCUACUCGCUUCUCCGCUCGGUCGGCCUCGAGUACGGCCCUCGGUACCGCACGCUCGAGCUGGCGGCCGUCUCGCGCGCCGCCGGCGCCGCCGUCGGCCGGCUGUGCCGCCGCUCGCGCAAGGAGGGCACUCGCGUCCACCCGGCCGACCUCGACGGCUCGCUGCACCUGUCCUCGCUGCUCGCCAACACUGAGGAGGGCGAGACGCGGCUGCCCUUCUCUGUGGGCGAGGCGGCGCUGGCGGAUGUGAGCGGCACGGCGUGGCCGGCGGCGGAGCGGGAGGGCGUCGGGGCGGUCGGGGUGGUCAUCGCCAGCGGCGCCGCCUCGGCGGGCGUGCGCCUGGCCGGCUUCGAGUCGCGUGCGCUCAAGGCGCCGCUCAAGGCUGCGCCGGCGGCGAGGGCGACGCACCUGUACGUCACCUCGUGGGAGAGGAGUGCUGAGGCGUUCGAGGCUGCGCCGGCCGCGCUGGUGGUGCACGCGGCGCCUUCUGUGAAGCGCGGCGGCGCAGCUGCAAGCGGCGCACCAAUAUCGAGGCCACCGCCCUCCUCCCUGCUCCUAGCCACCAGCCUCGCCGGCGGCGCCCUCGCCUCUGACGCUCUCGCCGGUCUCGCCUCUUCCUUUGUCGCCGCCCGAGCGCACACCUUGACCGCGGCAUCGGCGCCGGUGUGGAUGCUGACCUCUUGCACCCUCGCCGCCCGCCCGACGGCGGCCGGAGCCUCGAGCCACGCCGGGCUGCUGGGCCUGGCCCGCUCAGCGCGCGCCGAGGCGCCGGCGUCGCGCUUGCCGAUCAUCGACCUGGACGUGCUUCGGCCGGGCACGGCCGAGCUGGCAGCGGUGUCGAAGCUGGCCGGCAAGCUCGGCCUCGGCUACAACGGCACGCCCGAGCCCGAGGUGGCCUUCAACGGCUCGAGCCAGCGCGUGCCGCGCCUGACCGAGGCGGCCGGCUCGCUGGGCGGCCCGAUCCGGCUCCACUUUGACGCGAGAGGGGCGAUAAGCAACCUGAGGCUGGUGCCGCAGGAGGGCGACGAGUCGGAGCCAGCGCACGGUGAGGUCAGGCUGCGCGUCGGCGCGGUCGGCCUCAACUUCCGCGACGUGCUCAACGUGCUCGGCGCCUACCCGGGCGACCCGGGCCCGCCCGGCGGCGACUGCGCCGCCCACGUCGCUGCCACUGGGGGCGGCGUCGGUCACUUGUCGGUUGGCGACGCGGCGCUCGGGCACGGCAUCGCCGCGCUCGCGUCUCUGUCCAAGUCCGACGCGCGCCUGAUGGCGGCCAUCACCGACUCGCUCUCGUUCGAUCAGGCGUGCACUCUGCCGACGACGUGGAGCACGGUGCACAUGUCGCUGCUCGCGGCCCGGCCGGCGGCUGGCCACGACGUGCUGCUGCACGCCGGCGCUGGUGGUGUCGGCCUGACCUCGCAAGAGUACUGCCUCUUCAUCGGCAACCGCGCGAUGGCGAACGUCGGCCGGCCGUACAAGCACUUCUACCUGCACAAGAUGGGCCUCGCCGGCCGCACGCUCAGCUCGCGCGACGGCAGCGCCUUUGCGCUCGGCGCGUCGAAGCUGCUCGGCUCCCGCCGGCUGCGCUUCUCGCUCAACAGCCUGUCUGCGGACUUCAUCGCGUGCACCUUCGCGCUGCUGCGGCAGGACGGCGCGCUCUGCGAGAUCGGCAAGCGGGCGGUGUGGAGCUACGAGCGGCACGAGGCGGCGUGCUCCAACGAUUUCACGAUGAUCGCGCUCGACUCGACGAUUGACCAGACGCCGUGGUGGAUGUGCGGCACGCUGCGGACGCUGUCGGCGCGUGCGGAUGCCUCCGUGCUCCACGGCCUGCCCAUGGAGCUCUUCGACCUGGAAAGGGACGUCCUGGCCGCCUUCCGCACGCUCCAGAGCGGCACCAACACGGGCAAGGUGGUGGUGCGCAUCCCGAAGACGGCCCCGACGCCGCCACGCGGCGCCCACCUGCUCUCUGGCGGCACGGGCGGCCUUGGCCUGGUCACGGGCAGGUGGCUCGGCGAGAGCGGCGCCUCUUCGGUGGUGCUCGCGGCCCGCGGCGGCAAGGUCGCCCCCGCGGACGGCGAGAAGCUCAAGAAGAUCGCCGAGUGCAGCUUCAGCGUGGUCAAGUGCGACGCGGCCGAGCUGGUGGACUCGGCUCGCAUGGUUGGCGCCAUCGUGGCCAAGGGCAGCCCGCUGGCGGGCGUGUGGCACGCGGCGGGCGUGCUGUCGGACGGGCUGCUGCGCGGCCAGAACGCUUCGACCAUCAAGCGCGUCUUCGCGCCCAAGGUUGCCGGCGCGUGGGCGCUGCAGCGGGCGGCCGCCACGACGCCGCUCGACACGUGCGUGCUUUUCUCGUCCAUCGCCGCGCUGAUCGGCGCGGGCGGCCAGUCCAACUACGCCGCCGCCAACGGCAUGCUCGACGCGCUCGGCGCCUGCCGGCGCGUUCGCGCCAUAAACGCGACGUCGGUGCAGUGGGGCCCGUGGGCGGCCGUCGGCAUGGCGGCGGACGAGUCGAUCAACGCUCGCCUCCAGGCCGGCGGCCUCGGCCUCAUCAGCCUGGAGCAGGGCGCGCUCGCCCUCCAGGCAACGCUGCAGCCUGCUGUCUCCGGCGUGAUGAGCCUGGUGGUGCUCACUUGGGGCAAGUUCCUCGGCGCGAUGCCAGAGGUGCCGCCGCUGCUCGUCAGCUAUUCGGGCCGGAGGGCGGCUGGCGCGGCUGCCGUCUCUCGUGAUGCGCAAGGCGAGGUGCGGGCGGUGACGCUCGAGGCGAUCCUGCAAGUGGUCAAGGCGACGGCGGGUGCAGAGGCGGACGCCGACGCGCCGCUGAUGGAGUCGGGGCUCGACUCGCUCGGCGCGGUCGAGCUCGGCAACCAGCUGCGGUCGAUGUCGGGCGCGGCGCUGCCGUCGACGCUCGUCUUCGACUACCCGACGGCGCGCCAGCUCGCGGGCUACUUGAGGGAGCAGGCGGCGGACGCGGCCGAAGGAGGCAGAGCUGAAGGCGGCCCAGCGGCUCAAGCGGCCGCCCAUAGCGGUGGCCAGGCUUGGGCGCUCAGUCUCGCCGCCAGCCUGCCGAGCGACAUCGCGACGCUGUCGCAGCUGCGCCACCUGGCCGCUGCGAGCAGCGACGGCAUUGGCGAGGUGCCGCCGGAGCGGUGGUCGGUGGAGGCUGCUUUGGCUGGCGUGGACCAGGUCGUCGGCCAGCGAGUGCGGCACGGCGGCUUCCUGAGCGGCGCCGACCUCUUCGACAAUGCUCGCUUCGGCGUCUCGCCCGCCGAGGCGGCCGCCGUCGACCCGCAGCAGCGGCUGCUCCUCGAGCGAGGCUACGAGGCCUUGCACGGCGCGGGCAUGGACAAGGCGGCGCUGGGCGGCAGCCUGGCGGGCGUCUUUCUCGGCAUCGCCGCCAACGACUGGCAGAGCGUCGCGGCGCAGUCUGCAGUCGGCAAGAGCGUGUACGCCGCCACCGGCGGGUCGAUGUCGGUCGCGGCCGGCCGCCUCUCGUUUGUGCUCGGGCUGCAGGGCCCGUGCGUCUCGUACGACACCGCCUGCUCGGCGGCGCUGGUCGCCACCCACGCCGCGCUGCGAGCCCUGCAGCUGGACGAGUGCUCCCCCGCCCUCUCGGUCGGCGUGAACCUGAUGCUGCUGCCCGGUGUCGGCUUCUCGUUUGCGGUUGCCGGCAUGACGUCGCCGACCGGCCGCUGCCACACCUUUGACGCUGCGGCGGACGGGUACGCUCGCGGCGAGGCGUGCUGCGCGGCGGUGCUGGCGAUGGACAGAGAGAGCAGCAGCUCCGGGCUCUCCCUCCUCGGCAGCUGCGUGCGGCAGGACGGCAAGAGCGCGAGCCUCACCGCGCCCAACGGGCAGGCGCAGCAGGCGCUGCUGCGGGCCGCCCUCGCCGACGGAGGCGUCGAGCCCGCCGCCCUCUCGGCCUACGAGGCGCACGGCACAGGCACGCCGCUCGGCGACCCGAUCGAGGUGCGCUCGCUCGCGGCGGCGGUGCUGGCUGCGUGCGCGCCGUCGCCGCCGCUCUGCGUGGGCAGCCUCAAGGCGAACUGCGGCCACGCCGAGCCUGCGGCGGGGCUGGCGGGGCUGCUUCGGCUGGCGGCGGGGCUGCUCGAGGCGCGGGCGCCGCCCAACGCGCAGCUGCGGCGCAUCAACCCGCACGUCGGCUCUGCGGUGGAGGGCGUGGCGUGCGCUCUGCCGACGCAGCUGGCGCGAGGGCUGGAUGCCGCGGCGGGCGGGAGGGGCGGCGUGAGCUCGUUUGGGUACAGCGGCACGAUCGCACACGCCGUGCUCGAUGCGGCGCCUGCUGCAUCGGCCGGACCUCCGCCUCUGCCUCCUCUCGUGUACAAGCGCCGCUCGUUCCCCUGGUACGAGGCAAAGGGCAAGGGGCUGCCACCGAGCUGCAGGCUGGCUGGCGGCAUGCGAGCCUCCUCUGCUCUGCGUCGCCUCCGCCGCCUGCCCGACGCGGCUGCGCUCGUCCAGCUGCAAAGCCUCACCCUCGACGCGAGCGAGGAGCUGAGUGAAUGGCUCCGGGCCCGGCGAGAGCCUCUCGUGCUCCUCUGCCGAGGGCCGAUGGGCGGCGCGGGCGCGCUUCUCCUCCUCGACGCCGCCACGGUAGUCGUCGCCGACACCACCUUCACCCUCACCGUCCAGCCAGAGGGCUCUCUGCGUCUCCACAGGCGGCCUGAGGGGAUCGUGACAGCCACAGCGCUGUCGGCGUCCGAUGCAGCACAAGCUGGCCUGGUGGAUUCGGCUCUCUCGCCCGCCACUGCGGCCGCCGAGUCUCGCCGCCUCGUGCAGCGCCUCUCCUCUCUCCCUGCUCCGCUCUUGAAGACCUGCCGCGCGCUCCUGCCUGCGCCGAGUGUCGACGCCGCACUCGUUGCGAUGGGCUCGCUCCUUCCCGGCCCGCCACGCUCCAUCGGCAAGCGGCUCGUGCGGCUCUACGUCGAUGGCGAGUCGAAGGUGGCGGUGGUGGAGCUGAACGACCCGUCGCGCAUGAACAGCUUCUCGGCGGAGCUCGCCGAGGACGUGGCGGAGGCGGCGGCGAGCAUCGGCCGUGACCCACUCGUCAAGGCGAUUGUGCUCCAGGGCGCGGGCCCGCACUUCUCGGUCGGCGGCAACCCUUUUCAACGGGAGAAGGCGGGUGUGCCGCUUGCAGCUGUUGCGUUCGGGUGCCGAACAUUGUACGACGGUUUUGGCGCGCUGUACAAGCUCGGCGUGCCAAUGGUUGCUGCGGUGCACGGCAAGCUGAUUGGCGGCGGCGUCGCCGCCUGCCUGCACGCUGACUACAUUGUGGCCGACUCGAAGGCCACGUUCGAGCACGGCAACCUCGUGCGAGGGGUCUGCCCUCUCGGCAUGCUGUCUCAGACCCUUCCAAACGCGGUGGGGCGAGCACGGGCGCUCUCCAUCUACCUCGCCAACGACACGCUCGACGCCGCAGCAGCACACGAGGCGAGGCUUGCCAACGAGGUGUGUACCGAGGGAGUCGAGGCUAUGCAGCGUCGCGCGUUCGACGUUGCGUGUGAGAUAGUUCGAGGAGAUGCCGCGCAGGCCCUCUUGCAGUCUCGAGUCGCAGCCGACGUGGCGCACCGGGCCGCAGAGGCUGUCGGCCACGCCGAAUGCCGAUUCGCCAACGGCGGUGCCUUUGCCAAGGCCCCCGUUACCGACUCCUACGCCGUACCGCCGCUCGAUCUGACGCCGUUCCUUCUCGAGCCACCCACCGUCGCCACCUCGCCCGAGUACACCGUCCACACCGUUUUCGUUCCCGCUUCUCUUGGCGACCUGGAGCCAGAUUGGCCCGACAACGCGCUCCUCGUCUUCCGCGGCGUGGAGGGGUCUGAGCACUUCUGCCUCGGCGGCGACCCGUCGCCAGCCAACCUCGAGAGCGGCAGCUUUCUCGACGGCUUGCCCGCCUUUGGCCAGCUGCUCGAGCGGCUUCGCGACGCGCCGAUGCCAAAGGUGGUGGUUUGCCACGGCGCCACUCGCGGAGGAGGAAUGCUCUUCCCCUGCCUCGGCACGGCGGUGCUCGCGCACUCGGACGCCACCUUUGGCUUCCCCGAGAUCCGGCGCGGCGCCUUGCCCGGCGUGGUCAGCGUCGCGGCGAGGCGGCGGCUGAGCCCCGCGGCGUGCGAGAGGCUCUUCUGCACGGGCGACGCCAUCGACGCCGCCACGGCACAGCGGCUCGGGCUGGUCGACUUUGUGGGGAGCUGGGAGGAGCUCGAUGCCGAGGUGGCGCGGCUGGAGUGUCACUUCCUCUCGUCAGCGCCAAGGCUGCGCGCGCCAUCGCCCUUGCCAGCCUCCGAGGUGACGAUUGAGGCGGACGCGGACUCGCGGGUGGCGUUGCUCGAGGUGACUGCCGUGUCUGUCGAGGGCCUGUGGCGCGAUGCGCUCCUGGUUCUGGACAAGCUCUCGCCGACUUUGCGAGUGCUCGUCCUCUCCGCGGAGGGGCAGGGUGGGCCGUCGGCCAGCCUGUCUCGCGAGGCGUGCCACCGCCUCGACGCUGCGAUGAGCAGGCUCAGCGAGGCGGGCGUCGUCGUCGUCUGCUGCGUGCGAGGGCAGGUUGAGGGCCUGCUGCUGCAUGCAUGCCUCGGGGCGCACUAUCGCAUCGUGGAGGCAGGGUCGGCGUUUUCCUUCGACGGCGAGAGUGAAUGCGCUCGAGCGGCGGCCUUCCACUUGCUCCAAGCCGACGACGCAAAGUGCCUUCUGCAAGAAGGGGCCGUGAGCUCGGCUCGAGCUCUGGAGCUGGGCCUCGCGAGCGAGCGGGUCGAGGGCGCUGGUGAGCGAGCGCGGCAGUUUGCGCAUUGGCUCGUGCAGCACCCGGCGGUCGGCGUGCGGCACAUGCUGCGGCUCACCUGUCGCCCAGCAGCUGACGAGGCGGCGCAAGAGGCCAGGCGCAGCAACGAGGCGCUGCUUCUUGAAGGGCUGAGCAGUCCGCCCCGGGCUUUGCCUGCCGCCACGCGGGAGGGGCUCCAUCUCCAAUCCCUCCAGCCGCCAAGUGAGCGCCUGCUGACCGCGGCAGCCGCCCGCCGGAAGCUGUCCUCUCCGCCGCCAGCCCCAGCACCCGCCCUCCUGCCGAGCCCGCACCCUCCCUCUGAGACCACCUCCCGCCACGCCGGCUUGCACGCACUCGAGGUGUACGUGCCUCGCCACGCCGUCUCGGCGGCCGAGCUUGAGACCGCGCACGGCGUGCCGGGCAAGUACACGGUCGGGCUGCGGAUGGCCGAGUGGGCCGCGUGCGACGAGGACGAGGACGUCGUCUCGAUGGCGCUCACGGCGGUGCGGCGGCUGGUCGAGGCGCAGGGCCUGCGGUACGAGGACGUGGGCAUGCUGCAGGUGGGGACCGAGUCGCUGCUCGACCGGUCCAAGAGCGUGAAGAGCCACCUGAUGGCGCUCUUUGCGCCGCACGGCUGCGCCAACGUCGAGGGCAUCGACUGCUACCACGCCUGCUACGGCGGCACGGCGGCGCUGCUCGCGUGCGCCAACUGGGUGGAGAGCUCGGCGUGGGACGGGCGGUGGGCGAUCGCCGUGUGCACCGACGUGAGCGACGCGCCCAAGCAGUACCCCUUCAUGAACGGCGCGGCGUGCGUGGCGAUGCUGGUCGGGCCGGACGCGCCCCUUGCGCUCGAGGCCGGCCGCGUGAGCCACAUCGUGCACGAGUGGGACUUCUAUAAGCCAGUGGGCUGGCCGACGAUGGGCCCGAUCAUCGACGGCCCCGGCUCGAUGGAGGUGUACUUCUCGUGCCUCGCCGCCUGCCAGCGCGAGGUCGAGGCGCGGGGCGGCGGCACCUUUGUCGACGCGCACGACUUCCUCGUCUUCCACCUCGGCGGCGGGCCCAAGUUUGUGCGGCACGCCUUUGAGAGCGCCGUCGCCGCGGCGCACGGCGAGGGCUCUGUCGGCGAGGAGGAGGUGGAGGCGAUGUUCGAGCGGCUGGUGGCUCCGUCGCUCCGCCUCGCCUCGCGCAUCGGGCCGAUGCACACCGCCGCCACCUACGUCAACCUCGCCUCGCUCCUGCUGCACGCGUCGCCGCCGGUCGGCUCUCGCAUCGGCGUCUUCUCGUACGGCUCGGGCGCCGCGUCGACCAUGUACGCCCUGCGCGUGCGCGGCGAGGCGCGCGUCGACGCGGCGGCGCUGGUAGGCAUGCUCGACGCGCGGGAGGUGCUGCCUCCGUCCGACUUUGUGGCGGUGUGCGACCGCUUCUCGGCGACGUACGGCCGCUUCGACUGGACGCCUCGCGUGCGGGGCGUGUCGCCGGCGCGCAGCUACCGCAUCAAGGCCGUGGGCGUGCUGGGGCGGAGGGAGUACGAGUACACUGGUCCGUCGGCUGACGCCACUCCCCAGAUAUGCUUCUGCCCAAUCGCCCUGACGCCCUCCUCGCCGCCUCUACCCUCCCGCCACGCCGGCCUGCACGCGCUCGAGGUGUACGUGCCUCGCCACGCCGUCUCGGCGGCCGAGCUCGAGGCCGCGCACGGCGUGCCGGGCAAGUACACGGUCGGGCUGCGGAUGGCCGAGUGGGCCGCGUGCGACGAGGACGAGGACGUCGUCUCGAUGGCGCUCACGGCGGUGCGGCGGCUGGUCGAGGCGCAGGGCUUGCGGUACGAGGACGUGGGCAUGCUGCAGGUGGGGACCGAGUCGCUGCUCGACCGGUCCAAGAGCGUGAAGAGCCACCUGAUGUCGCUCUUUGCGCCGCACGGCUGCGCCAACGUCGAGGGCAUCGACUGCUACCACGCCUGCUACGGCGGCACGGCGGCGCUGCUCGCGUGCGCCAACUGGGUGGAGAGCUCGGCGUGGGACGGGCGGUGGGCGAUCGCCGUGUGCACCGACGUGAGCGACGCGCCCAAGCAGUACCCCUUCAUGAACGGCGCGGCGUGCGUGGCGAUGCUGGUCGGGCCGGACGCGCCCCUCGCGCUCGAGGCCGGCCGCGUGAGCCACAUCGUGCACGAGUGGGACUUCUACAAGCCGGUGGGCUGGCCGACGAUGGGCCCGAUCGUCGACGGCCCCGGCUCGAUGGAGGUGUACUUCUCGUGCCUCGCCGCCUGCCAGCGCGAGGUCGAGGCGCGGGGCGGCGGCACCUUUGUCGACGCGCACGACUUCCUCGUCUUCCACCUCGGCAGCGGGCCCAAGUUUGUGCGGCACGCCUUUGAGAGCGCCGUCGCCGCGGCGCACGGCGAGGGCUCUGUCGGCGAGGAGGAGGUGGAGGCGAUGUUCGAGCGGCUGGUGGCUCCGUCGCUCCGCCUCGCCUCGCGCAUCGGCCCGAUGCACACCGCCGCCACCUACGUCAACCUCGCCUCGCUCCUGCUGCACGCGUCGCCGCCGGUCGGCUCUCGCAUCGGCGUCUUCUCGUACGGCUCGGGCGCCGCGUCGACCAUGUACGCCCUGCACGUGCGCGGCGAGGCGCGUGUGGACGCGGCGGCGCUGGUAGGCAUGCUCGACGCGCGGGAGGUGCUGCCUCCGUCCGACUUUGUGGCGGUGUGCGACCGCUUCUCGGCGACGUACGGCCGCUUCGACUGGACGCCUCGCGUGCGGGGCGUGUCGCCGGCGCGCAGCUACCGCAUCAAGGCCGUGGGCGUGCUGGGGCGGAGGGAGUACGAGUACGUGCCGUUUGACGAGGUGCAGCUAAGGGCGCCUGACGUGGCUGCUGCUCAAGCGACAGAGAGAGUCAUGCAAGCUGCAUCGGCCUCAUCACCUGCGCUUCAGCAGCUCCUCGCCUCCCUCGCCGGCGGCGGCAUGCAGGGCCCUGCCGCCACCGCCGCCCCCUCGGUCGACGUGGCGGCUGUGGUGGCGUCGGUGGCGAGCGAGGUGGCGGGCGGCGAGGUGGACGCCGACGCGCCGCUGAUGGAGGCGGGCCUCGACUCGCUCGGCGCCGUCGAGCUCCGCACGCGGCUGGCGUCGAAGCUUGGCGACGCCUCCCUGCCCGAGACGCUGGUCUUCGACUUCCCGACGCUGCGGCAGCUCGAGGCGCACCUGUCGGCGAGAGCGGCCCCGGCGGCUGCAGGGCCGCAGCUUGGAGACGGCUCCGCCGCUCUUCAGCAGCUCCUCGCCUCACUCGCCGGCGGCGGCAGCCAGGGCCCUGCCGCCACCCCCGCUCCCUCGGUCGACGUGGCGGCUGUGGUGGCGUCGGUGGCGAGCGAGGUGGCGGGCGGCGAGGUGGACGCCGACGCGCCGCUGAUGGAGGCGGGCCUCGACUCGCUCGGCGCCGUCGAGCUCCGCACGCGGCUGGCGUCGAAGCUUGGCGAUGCCUCCCUGCCCGAGACGCUGGUCUUCGACUUCCCGACGCUGCGGCAGCUUGAGGCGCACCUGUCGGCGAGGGUGACGCCGAUCGCUGCUACUCAAUGCCCUGAUGGCGCAGCCCUGCUCGCUCAGCUGAUUGAACAGGCCUCUGGCGCAUCUCGCUCAAAUCAGAAUCAGCUGCCACUCCAGCAGAUAACUGUCACAGGGACAAGCUGUGCUCUUGCGGGCGGCAUCGCUUCCUAUGAGGGGCUGGUAACCACGACAGCGACUGGUUACGAUCUGGUCAAUGAGGUGCCAGCCACGCGCUGGGACGUCGAUCACUCUCCUCCCGGAUACGGUGCCGAGGUCCUUGGGCGAGCUCGCCACGGCGGCUUCAUGCAGGGCGCCGAGCUCUUUGACAACGCUCGAUUCAACGUCUCUCCGGCGGAGGCGGUAGCAAUGGACCCGCAGCAGCGGCUGCUGCUCGAGCACGGCUAUGCCGCGCUGCACGCCUCGGGCUUCGAGAGGGCCUCGUUGAUGGGAAGCGGGGCCGGAGUUGCGGUGGGCAUUACACAAACCGAAUUCAACCACUUGCUGGCAGCUGGCCCGCUGCAGCGCAGCGUCUACACGGCCACCAGCUCGAGUCUCUCUAUCGCGAGUGGCCGCCUGUCCUUCGUGCUCGGCCUGCAAGGGCCCUGUGCGGCUUUUGAGACGGCUUGCUCCGCCUCCCUAGUCGGCUGCCACUCCGCACUGCGCGCGCUCCAGCAUGGAGAGUGCGAGCAGCACCUCGCAGCGGGCGUCAAUGCGAUGCUUUUGCAGGCCACCACUUUCUCGAUUGCAGCUGCUGGAAUGAGCUCGAUCACCGGCCGCUCCCACACCUUUGACAGCCGCGCCGACGGCUUUGCGCGAGGCGAGGGGUGCACGGUCGCGGUCUUGGUUUCACCUGGCGAGCGCGGGCCAGCUUCUGUACCACAUCGGGGCGCUGGACUCGUCUUGCGCGGCAGCUGUGUGCGGCAGGACGGCAAGAGCGCGAGCCUCACCGCGCCCAACGGGCAGGCGCAGCAGGCGCUGCUGCGGGCCGCCCUCGCCGACGGAGGCGUCGAGCCCGCCGCCCUCUCGGCCUACGAGGCGCACGGCACCGGCACGCCGCUCGGCGACCCGAUCGAGGUGCGCUCGCUCGCGGCGGCGGUGCUGGCUGCGCGCGCGCCGUCGCCGCCGCUCUGCGUGGGCAGCCUCAAGGCGAACUGCGGCCACGCCGAGCCGGCGGCGGGGCUGGCGGGGCUGCUUCGGCUGGCGGCGGGGCUGCUCGAGGCGCGGGCGCCGCCCAACGCGCAGCUGCGGCGCAUCAACCCGCACGUCGGCUCUGCGGUGGAGGGCGUGGCGUGCGCGCUGCCGACGCAGCUGGCGCGAGGGCUGGAUGGCGCGGCGGGCGGGAGGGGCGGCGUGAGCUCGUUUGGGUACAGCGGCACGAUCGCCCACGCUGUGCUCGAUGCGCGGGCCCCUCUCAGUAGCCCCAACGGUGCCGCGACGUCUCCGCUUCGCUACAAGCGACGCCGCUUCGCGUGGCGCGAGGCUGCUCCAAGCGCCGAGGCGGCUGCUGCGAGCGUAGAGGCUGCUGCUAGCUCUCACAGCUACGUCACCGAGUUCGUCCCGCUCGUCGCUGCUCCGGCUGCAGCACUGCCCACGCUCGUCCUCGGCGCCCGCGCCAGGCCGGUCAUCUCGCUCCCAACCGCGCCUCUCCCGCUCGAGGCCGGCGCCGCCGCCGGCGCGCUCGCGACAGCCUCCAAGGCCUCGGCGCUGCCUGCGGUCGAGGCGGCCCUCCGCUUCGUGCUCUCGCAGCCUGCCUCGCAGCCUCUCCCUGCGUGGCUGCUCAGCAGUGGCGGAUCGCAGCCUUGCAGCGCCGCCGCACGCGUGUGCCCCUCGCACGCCGGCCUCCUCGGCCUCGCCCGCACGGCGAGAGCCGAGGCGCCGGGCAGCAGCCUCUCGCACGUCGACGGCGCCGGGCUCUCGGCGGCGGAGCUGGUGGCGGUGGCCUCGGCGCUGCCGCCGACCGAGCCGGAGGCCGUGGCUGGCAAUGGCGGGGCGAGGGUGCCGCGGCUGAGCCGCCUCGACGCGCUUCCAGAGGGCUCGAGCGGCGUGGGCGGCCUCCAGCUGCUGACGGGCGGCACGGGCGGCGUCGGCCUGCUCGUCGCCGAGUGGCUCGGCGAUCGAGGGGCGGCGGGCUUGGUCCUCGCCUCUCGGGGCGGGUGGGUGGCGCCGGCAGAGGGCGCUCGCCUCGCCUCGCUGGCUGGCUGCGCCGUGCGGGCUGCGGCGUGCGAUGCGGCCGAGGAGGCGGAGGUGCGGCGCCUCGUUGCUAGGGCGUCUGCUGGCGGCGAUGGGGCGCGGCUCGCUGGCGUGUGGCACGCGGCGGGCGUGCUAGCAGACGGCCUGCUCCGCUCCCAGACGGCGCAGGCCUUCCGGCGCGUGUACGCUCCCAAGGCGGUCGGCGGCUGGGGCCUGCAGCGAGCGAGCGCCGCCUCGCCGCUCGACGCGUGCAUGCUCUUCUCGUCGGUGGCGGCGCUGCUCGGCAGCGCUGGCCAGGCCAACUACGCAGCUGCAAACUGCUGCCUCGACGCCACGAGCGCGCUGCGGCGUGCCGUCGGCCUCGCCUCCUCGUCGGUGCAGUGGGGCCCGUGGGGCGAGGUUGGCAUGGCGGCGGAGGAGUCGAUCAACGCGCGCAUACAGGCGUCCGGCUUUACCCUGAUCACCCUUGCCGAGGCUGCCCCCGCCCUGGCGGCUUCCCUCGGCGCCGCCGGCCCCGCAGUGCAGAUGCUGCUCCUCGUCGACUGGAGCCGCUUCCUCGGCCUGCUCCCGGUCGUGCCAAAGGCGCUCUCCGCCUUUGCGCCAUCGCACUCAGCCGCCGCCGCCGCCGCCGUGCCAGCCGUGGAGAGCGAGAUGGGCAGGGCGCUCUCGCGGCUGCCUCCCGCGGCGCGCCAGCCGCACGUCGAGGCGGCCGUGCUGUCGGUGCUGGAGGACCUCACCGGCGCAGGCGGCCUCACCGCCGACACGCCGCUCAUGGAGGCGGGCAUCGACUCGCUCGGCGCUACAGAGGCCGUGAGCCGCCUCCGAGAGGCCACGGGCGCCGACCUCGCGCCGACGCUCAUCUUUGACGAGCCGUCGGCGCGCGCCAUCGCGGCGCACGUGGUGGGGCAGCUCCUUGGGACUGAGGCAGCCGCGGCCGCCCCCUCGACCGCGGCGUCGGCCCAGCUGGCUCUCGCCGUGCAAGGCCUCGUGGCUCGCUGGCCCGCGUCGAGCGGCGGGCGUGGCGCCCUGUGGGCAGGGCUGAGCGCGUCGGCCGACGCCAUCGGCGCGCCGCCCGCGUCUCGCUGGUCGGUCGAGGAGCACGAGGGCGUGAGCGAGAAACAGCGCGCGGCCGCCUCGCACGGCGGCUAUCUCUGCCGCGUCGAGCACUUUGACAACCGCUCCUUUGGCGUCUCGCCCGCCGAGGCGGCGGCGAUGGACCCGCAGCAGCGGCUCUUCCUCGAGGUGGGCUACGCGGCGCUGCACGGCGCGGGCGAGCGGCGUGCGAGCCUGCUCGGCGGCGACGCGGGCGUCUUCCUCGGCAUCGAGCGGCCCGACUGGGCGCUGCUCGCCUCCCUCAGGCCGGCGGGCGCCUCCGCCUCUGCCUACGCCGUCACUGGAGACACCAUCUCCAUCGCCUGCGGCCGCGUCUCCUUUGCGCUCGGGCUGCAGGGGCCUUGCAUGAGCGUCGAUGCGGCCUGCGGGUCGGGCCUCGUGGCGCUGCACAGUGCGGCGCUGGCGGCGGCUGGCGGCGAGUGCGGCCUGUCGCUCGCCGGCGCGGUCAGCCUCAAGCUGUCCCCGCUGCCCUUCUUCGUGACCGCCGCCGCGGGGAUGCUCUCUGUCGACGGGCGGUGCAAGACGUUCGACGCGCGAGCCAACGGGUACGUCCGCUCCGAGGCGGCCGCCGCGCUCGUGCUGCGAGGCGCGGCGGCGAGCCAGGCCGGGCUCGCGCUGCGCGGGAGCGCGGUGCGGCAGGACGGGCGCAGCGCGAGCCUGACGGCGCCCAACGGGUCGGCGCAGCGCGCCCUGCUCCUCGCGGCGCUCGGCAAGGCGGCGAGCGAGGCGGCGGCGGUGGCUGGCGUCGAGGCGCACGGCACCGGCACGCCGCUCGGCGACCCCACCGAGGCGGGCUCCCUCGCCGCGGCGCUGGGGGGCGCGGGCGGCGCGGCUCUCUGCCUCGGGACGCACAAGGCGAAUGCGGGCCACGCCGAGCCGGUGUCGGGGCUGCUUGGGCUGGCCAAGGCGGCGGCGGCGGUGGGCUGCUCGACGUGGCUGGGCAACGCGCAGCUGCGGUCGCUCAACCCGCUCGUGGGCGAGCGGCUCGGCGCCGCGGCGCGGCCGACGGCGCUGCCGACGCAGGGGCUGGCACGGCGGGCGGGGGGAGGGGAGGGCGUGGUCGGGGUGAGCUCGUUUGGGUACAGCGGCACGAUCGCACACGCCGUGCUCGAGGCGGCGCCGCCCUCUCGCGGCACGAGCAGCCCGCCGCCGCUCGCCUACGCCCGCCGCCGCUACGCGUGGCGCGAGGCGCCCCACCCGCUCCUCCAGCGGCGAGAGGCGGACGCCGUUGGGCGGCAGGCGGACGCCUUCUCCUCGCCAGCCAGCGGGCCCCUCCUCGCCCUCGUCGCCGACCACGUCGUGCGGGGCCGCGUCGUCUUCCCCGGCGCCGCCUACCUCGAGAUGGCUCGCGCGGCUUGCGUCGCCCUCUCCGGCGGCGGCAGAGGCGCGUCGCUGCGGCGCGUCUUCUUCCUGCAGCCGCUCGUGCUGGACGGCGGCCUGAGCGAGGUGCGGGUGGGUGUGAUCGAGGAUCGGUUCGAGGUGACCUACGAGGGAGGCGGCGACACGUCGACGGCUCACUGCGCCGGCGACGCGUCGGCCGCGUCGGGUCCGCUCCUUGGCCUCUCGCUCGCCGCGGCUCGCGCCUCGUGCGGCGAGGCGGUCGACGCCGCCUCGCUCUACUCGCUGCUCCGCUCGGUCGGCCUCGAGUACGGCCCUCGGUACCGCACGCUCGAGCUGGCGGCCGUCUCGCGCGCCGCAGGCGCCGCCGUCGGCCGGCUGUGCCGCCGCUCGCGCAAGGAGGGCACUCGCGUCCACCCGGCCGACCUCGACGGCUCGCUGCACCUGUCCUCGCUGCUCGCCGAGGCUGGGGCGGGCGAGACGCGGCUGCCCUUCUCUGUGGGCGAGGCGGCGCUGGCGGAUGCGAGCGGCACGGCGUGGCCGGUGGCGGAGCGGGAGGGCGGCGGGGCGGUCGGGGUGGUCGUCGCCAGCGGCGCCGGCUCGGCGGGCGUGCGCCUGGCCGGCUUCGAGUCGCGUGCGCUCAAGGCGUCGGCGGCGAGGGCGACGCACCUGUACGUCACCUCGUGGGAGAGGAGCGCUGAGGCGUUCGAGGCUGCCCCGGCCGCGCUGGUGGUGCACUCGGCGCCUUCUGGGAAGCGCGGCGGCGCAGCUGCAAGCGGCGCACCAAUAUCGAGGCCACCGCCCUCCUCACUGCUCCUAGCCACCAGCCUCGCCGGCGGCGCCCUCGCCUCUGACGCUCUCGCCGGUCUCGCCUCUUCCUUUGUCGCCGCCCGAGCGCACACCUUGACCGCGGCAUCGGCGCCGGUGUGGAUGCUCACCUCUUGCGCCCUCGCCGCCCGCCCCACGGCGGCCGGAGCCUCGAGCCACGCCGGGCUGCUGGGCCUGGCCCGCUCAGCGCGCGCCGAGGCGCCGGCGUCGCGCCUGCCGAUCAUCGACCUGGACGUGCUCCGGCCGGGCACGGCCGAGCUGGCAGCGGUGUCGAAGCUGGCCGGCAAGCUCGGUCUCGGCUACAACGGCACGCCCGAGCCCGAGGUGGCCUUUGACGGCUCGAGCCAGCGCGUGCCGCGCCUGACCGAGGCGGCCGGCUCGCUGGGCGGCCCGAUCCGGCUUCACUUUGACGCGAGAGGGGCGGUGAGCAACCUGAGGCUGGUGCCGCAGUCUAGCGACGAGUCGGAGCCAGCGCACGGUGAGGUCAAGCUGCGCGUCGGCGCUGUCGGCCUCAACUUCCGCGACGUGCUCAACGUGCUCGGCGCCUACCCGGGCGACCCGGGCCCGCCCGGCGGCGACUGCGCCGCCCACGUCGCUGCCACUGGGGGCGGCGUCGGUCACUUGUCGGUUGGCGACGCGGCGCUCGGGCACGGCAUCGCUGCGCUCGCGUCUCUGUCCAAGUCCGACGCGCGCCUGAUGGCGGCCAUCACCGACUCGCUCUCGUUCGAGGAGGCGUGCACUCUGCCGACGACGUGGAGCACGGUGCACAUGUCGCUGCUCGCGGCCCGGCCGGCGGCUGGCCACGACGUGCUGCUGCACGCCGGCGCUGGUGGUGUCGGCCUGACCUCGCAAGAGUACUGCUACUUCAUCGGCAACCGCGCGAUGGCGAACGUCGGCCGGCCGUACAAGCACUUCUACCUGCACAAGAUGGGCCUCGCCGGCCGCACGCUCAGCUCGCGCGACGGCAGCGCCUUUGCGCUCGGCGCGUCGAAGCUGCUCGGCUCCGGCCGGCUGCGCUUCUCGCUCAACAGCCUGUCUGCGGACUUCAUCGCGUGCACCUUCGCGCUGCUGCGGCAGGACGGCGCGCUCUGCGAGAUCGGCAAGCGGGCGGUGUGGAGCUACGAGCGGCACGAGGCGGCGUGCUCCAACGAUUUCACGAUGAUCGCGCUCGACUCGACGAUUGAGCAGACGCCGUGGUGGAUGUGCGGCACGCUGCGGACGCUGUCGGCGCGUGCGGAUGCCUCCGUGCUCCACGGCCUGCCCAUGCAGCUCUUCGACCUCGAGAGGGACGUCCUGGCCGCCUUCCGCACGCUGCAGAGCGGCACCAACACGGGCAAGGUGGUGGUGCGCAUCCCGAAGACGGCCCCGACGCCGCCACGCGGGGCCCAUCUGCUCUCUGGCGGCACGGGCGGCCUCGGCCUGGUCACGGGAAGGUGGCUCGGCGAGAGCGGCGCCUCUUCGGUGGUGCUCGCGGCCCGCGGCGGCAAGGUCGCCCCCGCGGACGGCGAGAAGCUCAAGAAGAUCGCCGAGUGCAGCUUCAGCGUGGUCAAGUGCGACGCGGCCGAGCUGACGGACACGGCUCGCGUGGUUGGCGCCGUCGUGGCCAAGGGCAGCCCGCUGGCGGGCGUGUGGCACGCGGCGGGCGUGCUGUCGGACGGGCUGCUGCGCGGCCAGAACGCUUCGACAAUCAAGCGCGUCUUUGCGCCCAAGGUUGCCGGCGCGUGGGCGCUGCAGCGGGCGGCCGCCACGACGCCGCUCGACACGUGCGUGCUCUUCUCGUCCAUCGCCGCGCUGAUCGGCGGGGGCGGCCAGUCCAACUACGCCGCCGCCAACGGCAUGCUCGACGCGCUCGGCGCCUGCCGGCGCGUUCGCGCCAUGAACGCGACGUCGGUGCAGUGGGGCCCGUGGGCGGCCGUCGGCAUGGCGGCGGACGAGUCGAUCAACGCUCGCCUCCAGGCCGGCGGCCUCGGCCUCAUCAGCCUGGAGCAGGGCACGCUCGCCCUCCAGGCCACGCUGCAGCCUGCCGUGUCUGGCGUGAUGAGCCUGGUGGUGCUCACUUGGAGCAAGUUCCUCGGCGCGAUGCCAGAGGUGCCGCCGCUGCUCGUCAGCUACUCAGGCCGGAGGGCGGCUGGCGCGGCUGCCGUCUCUCGUGAUGCGCAAGGCGAGGUGCGGGCGGUGACGCUCGAGGCGAUCCUGCAGGUGGUCAAGGCGACGGCGGGUACAGAGGCGGACGCCGACGCGCCGCUGAUGGAGUCGGGGCUCGACUCGCUCGGCGCGGUCGAGCUCGGCAACCAGCUUCGGUCGAUGUCGGGCGCGGCGCUGCCGUCGACGCUCGUCUUCGACUACCCGACGGCGCGCCAGCUGGCGGGCUACUUGAAGGAGCAAGUGAAGGACGCGGCCGAAGGAGGCAGGGCUGCAGGCGGCCCAGCGGCUCAAGCGGCCGCCCAUAGCGGUGGCCAGGCUUGGGCGCUCAGCCUCGCCGCCAGCCUGCCGAGCGGCAUCGCGACGCUGUCGCAGCUGCGCCACCUGGCCGCUGCGAGCAGCGACGGCAUUGCCGAGGUGCCGCCGGAGCGGUGGUUGGUGGAGGCUGCUUUGGCUGGCGUGGACCAGGUCGUCGGCCAGCGAGUGCGGCACGGCGGCUUCCUGAGCGGCGCCGACCUCUUCGACAAUGCUCGCUUCGGCGUCUCGCCCGCCGAGGCGGCCGCCGUCGACCCGCAGCAGCGGAUGCUCCUCGAGCGAGGCUACGAGGCCUUGCACGGCGCGGGCAUGGACAAGGCGGCGCUGGGCGGCAGCCUGGCGGGCGUCUUUCUCGGCAUCGCCGCCAACGAUUGGCAGAGCGUCGCGGCGCAGUCUCCCAUCGGCAGGAGCGUGUACGCCGCCACCGGCGGGUCGAUGUCGGUCGCGGCCGGCCGCCUCUCGUUUGUGCUCGGUCUGCAGGGCCCGUGCGUCUCGUACGACACCGCCUGCUCGGCGGCGCUGGUCGCCACCCACGCCGCGCUGCGAGCCCUGCAGCUGGACGAGUGCUCCCCCGCCCUCUCGGUCGGCGUGAACCUGAUGCUGCUGCCCGUUGUCGGCUUCUCGUUUGCGGUUGCCGGCAUGACGUCGCCGACCGGCCGCUGCCACACCUUUGACGCUGCGGCGGACGGGUACGUUCGCGGCGAGGCGUGCUGCGCGGCGGUGCUGGCGAUGGACAGAGAGAGCAGCAGCUCCGGGCUCUCCCUCCUCGGCAGCUGCGUGCGGCAGGACGGCAAGAGCGCGAGCCUCACCGCGCCCAACGGGCAGGCGCAGCAGGCGCUGCUGCGGGCCGCCCUCGCCGACGGAGGCGUCGAGCCCGCCGCCCUCUCGUGCUACGAGGCGCACGGCACCGGCACGCCGCUCGGCGACCCGAUCGAGGUGCGCUCGCUGGCGGCGGCGGUGCUGUCUGCGCGCGCGCCGUCGCCGCCGCUCUGCGUGGGCAGCCUCAAGGCGAACUGCGGCCACGCCGAGCCUGCGGCGGGGCUGGCGGGGCUGCUCCGGCUGGCGGCGGGGCUGCUCGAGGCGCGAGCGCCGCCCAACGCGCAGCUGCGGCGCAUCAACCCGCACGUCGGCUCUGCGGUGGAGGGCGUGGCGUGCGCGCUGCCGACGCAGCUGGCGCGGGGGCUGGAUGCCGCGGCGGGCGGGAGGGGCGGCGUGAGCUCGUUUGGGUACAGCGGUACGAUCGCCCACGCUGUGCUCGAGGCGGCGGCGCCCUCCCUCAGCACCAGCAGCUCGCCGCCGCUCGCCUACGCCCGCCGCCGCUACGCGUGGCGCGAGGCGCCCCACCCGCUCCUCCAGCGGCGAGAGGCGGACGCCGAAGGGCGGCAGGCCGACGCCUUCUCCUCGCCGGCCAGCGGGCCCCUCCUCGCCCUCGUCGCCGACCACGUCGUGCGGGGCCGCGUCGUCUUCCCCGCCGCCGCCUACCUCGAGAUGGCUCGCGCGGCGUGCGUCGCCCUCUCCGGCGGCGGCGGAGGCGCGUCGCUGCGGCGCGUCCUCUUCCUGCAGCCGCUCGUGCUCGACGGCGGCCUGAGCGAGGCGCGGGUGCGGGUGGGCGUGAUCGAGGACCGGUUCGAGGUGACCUACGAGGGAGGCGGCGACACGUCGACGGCUCACUGCGCCGGCGACGCGUCGGCCGCGUCGGGUCCGCUCCUUGGCCUCUCGCUCGCCGCGGCUCGCGCCUCGUGCGGCGAGGCGGUCGACGCCGCCUCGCUCUACUCGCUGCUCCGCUCGGUCGGCCUCGAGUACGGCCCUCGGUACCGCACGCUCGAGCUGGCGGCCGUCUCGCGCGCCGCCGGCGCCGCCGUCGGCCGGCUGUGCCGCCGCUCGCGCAAGGAGGGCACUCGCGUCCACCCGGCCGACCUCGACGGCUCGCUGCACCUGUCCUCGCUGCUCGCCUUGACGGCGGAGGGCGAGACGCGGCUGCCCUUCUCUGUGGGCGAGGCGGCGCUGGCGGAUGCGAGCGGCACGGCGUGGCCGGUGGCGGAGCGGGAGGGCGUCGGGGCGGUCGGGGUGGUCAUCGCCAGCGGCGCCGCCUCGGCGGGCGUGCGCCUGGCCGGCUUCGAGUCGCGUGCGCUCAAGGCGUCGUUGGGGGCUGCGCCGGCGGCGAGGGCGACGCACCUGUACGUCACCUCGUGGGAGAGGAGCGCUGAGGCGUUCGAGGCUGCGCCGGCCGCGCUGGUGGUGCACGCGGCGCCUUCUGUGAAGCGCGGCGGCGCAGCUGCAAGCGGCGCACCAAUAUCGAGGCCACCGCCCUCCUCCCUGCUCCUAGCCACCAGCCUCGCCGGCGGCGCCCUCGCCUCUGACGCUCUCGCCGGUCUCGCCUCUUCCUUUGUCGCCGCCCGAGCGCACACGUUGGCCGCGGCAUCGGCGCCGGUGUGGAUGCUGACCUCUUGCACCCUCGCCGCCCGCCCGACGGCGGCCGGAGCCUCGAGCCACGCCGGGCUGCUGGGCCUGGCCCGCUCAGCGCGCGCCGAGGCGCCGGCGUCGCGCCUGCCGAUCAUCGACCUGGACGUGCUUCGGCCGGGCACGGCCGAGCUGGCAGCGGUGUCGAAGCUGGCCGGCAAGCUCGGCCUCGGCUACAACGGCACGCCCGAGCCCGAGGUGGCCUUCAACGGCUCGAGCCAGCGCGUGCCGCGCCUGACCGAGGCGGCCGGCUCGCUGGGCGGUCCGAUCCGGCUCCACUUCGACGCGAGAGGGGCGAUAAGCAACCUGAGGCUGGUGCCGCAGGAGGGCGACGAGUCGGAGCCAGCGCACGGUGAGGUCAGGCUGCGCGUCGGCGCGGUCGGCCUCAACUUCCGCGACGUGCUCAACGUGCUCGGCGCCUACCCUGGCGACCCGGGCCCGCCCGGCGGCGACUGCGCCGCCCACGUCGCUGCCACUGGGGGCGGCGUCGGUCACUUGUCGGUUGGCGACGCGGCGCUCGGGCACGGCAUCGCUGCGCUCGCGUCUCUGUCCAAGUCCGACGCGCGCCUGAUGGCGGCCAUCACAGACUCGCUCUCGUUCGAUCAGGCGUGCACUCUGCCGACGACGUGGAGCACGGUGCACAUGUCGCUGCUCGCGGCCCGGCCGGCGGCUGGCCACGACGUGCUUCUGCACGCCGGCGCCGGUGGCGUCGGCCUGACCUCGCAAGAGUACUGCCUCUUCAUCGGCAACCGCGCGAUGGCGAACGUCGGCCGGCCGUACAAGCACUUCUACCUGCACAAGAUGGGCCUCGCCGGCCGCACGCUCAGCUCACGCGACGGCAGCGCCUUUGCGCUCGGCGCGUCGAAGCUGCUCGGCUCCCGCCGGCUGCGCUUCUCGCUCAACAGCCUGUCUGCGGACUUCAUCGCGUGCACCUUCGCGCUGCUGCGGCAGGACGGCGCGCUCUGCGAGAUCGGCAAGCGGGCGGUGUGGAGCUACGAGCGGCACGAGGCGGCGUGCUCCAACGAUUUCACGAUGAUCGCGCUCGACUCGACGAUUGACCAGACGCCGUGGUGGAUGUGCGGCACGUUGCGGACACUCACGGCGCGCGCAGAUGCGUUCGUGCUCCACGGCCUGCCCAUGGAGCUCUUCGACCUGGAAAGGGACGUCCUGGCCGCCUUCCGCACGCUCCAGAGCGGCACCAACACGGGCAAGGUGGUGGUGCGCAUCCCGAAGACGGCCCCGACGCCGCCACGCGGCGCCCACCUGCUCUCUGGCGGCACGGGCGGCCUUGGCCUGGUCACGGGCAGGUGGCUCGGCGAGAGCGGCGCCUCUUCGGUGGUGCUCGCGGCCCGCGGCGGCAAGGUCGCCCCCGCGGACGGCGAGAAGCUCAAGAAGAUCGCCGAGUGCAGCUUCAGCGUGGUCAAGUGCGACGCGGCCGAGCUGGUGGACUCGGCUCGCAUGGUUGGCGCCAUCGUGGCCAAGGGCAGCCCGCUGGCGGGCGUGUGGCACGCGGCGGGCGUGCUGUCGGACGGGCUGCUGCGCGGCCAGAACGCUUCGACCAUCAAGCGCGUCUUCGCGCCCAAGGUUGCCGGCGCGUGGGCGCUGCAGCGGGCGGCCGCCACGACGCCGCUCGACACGUGCGUGCUUUUCUCGUCCAUCGCCGCGCUGAUCGGCGCGGGCGGCCAGUCCAACUACGCCGCCGCCAACGGCAUGCUCGACGCGCUCGGCGCCUGCCGGCGCGUUCGCGCCAUAAACGCGACGUCGGUGCAGUGGGGCCCGUGGGCGGCCGUCGGCAUGGCGGCGGACGAGUCGAUCAACGCUCGCCUCCAGGCCAGCGGUAUCGGCCUCAUCAGCUUGGAGCAGGGCGCGCUCGCCCUCCAGGCAACGCUGCAGCCUGCUGUCUCCGGCGUGAUGAGCCUGGUGGUGCUCACUUGGGGCAAGUUCCUCGGCGCGAUGCCAGAGGUGCCGCCGCUGCUCGUCAGCUAUUCGGGCCGGAGGGCGGCUGGCGCGGCUGCCGUCUCUCGUGAUGCGCAAGGCGAGGUGCGGGCGGUGACGCUCGAGGCGAUCCUGCAAGUGGUCAAGGCGACGGCGGGUGCAGAGGCGGACGCCGACGCGCCGCUGAUGGAGUCGGGGCUCGACUCGCUCGGCGCGGUCGAGCUCGGCAACCAGCUGCGGUCGAUGUCGGGCGCGGCGCUGCCGUCGACGCUCGUCUUCGACUACCCGACGGCGCGCCAGCUCGCGGGCUACUUGAAGGAGCAGGCGGCGGACGCGGCCGAAGGAGGCAGAGCUGCAGGCGGCCCAGCGGCUCAAGCGGCCGCCCAUAGCGGUGGCCAGGCUUGGGCGCUCAGUCUCGCCGCCAGCCUGCCGAGCGGCAUCGCGACGCUGUCGCAGCUGCGCCAAAUCGCCGCUGCGAGCAGCGACGGCAUUGGCGAGGUGCCGCCGGAGCGGUGGUCGGUGGAGGCUGCUUUGGCUGGCGUGGACCAGGUCGUCGGCCAGCGAGUGCGGCACGGCGGCUUCCUGAGCGGCGCCGACCUCUUCGACAAUGCUCGCUUCGGCGUCUCGCCCGCCGAGGCGGCCGCCGUCGACCCGCAGCAGCGGCUGCUCCUCGAGCGAGGCUACGAGGCCUUGCACGGCGCGGGCAUGGACAAGGCGGCGCUGGGCGGCAGCCUGGCGGGCGUCUUUCUCGGCAUCGCCGCCAACGACUGGCAGAGCGUCGCGGCGCAGUCUGCAGCCGGCAAGAGCGUGUACGCCGCCACAGGCGGGGCGAUGUCGGUCGCGGCCGGCCGCCUCUCGUUUGUGCUCGGUCUGCAGGGCCCGUGCGUCUCGUACGACACCGCCUGCUCGGCGGCGCUGGUCGCCAACCACGCCGCGCUGCGAGCCCUGCAGCUGGACGAGUGCUCCCCCGCCCUCUCGGUCGGCGUGAACCUGAUGCUGCUGCCCGUUGUCGGCUUCUCGUUUGCGGUUGCCGGCAUGACGUCGCCGACCGGCCGCUGCCACACCUUUGACGCUGCGGCGGACGGGUACGCUCGCGGCGAGGGGUGCUGCGCGGCGGUGCUUGCGAUGCGCGAAGAGAGCAGCGGCUUCUUAGAGCUCUCCCUCCUCGGCAGCUGCGUGCGGCAGGACGGCAAGAGCGCGAGCCUCACCGCGCCCAACGGGCAGGCGCAGCAGGCGCUGCUGCGGGCCGCCCUCGCCGACGGAGGCGUCGAGCCCGCCGCCCUCUCGGCCUACGAGGCGCACGGCACAGGCACGCCGCUCGGCGACCCGAUCGAGGUGCGCUCGCUGACGGCGGCGGUGCUGGCUGCGCGCGCGCCGUCGCCGCCGCUCUGCGUGGGCAGCCUCAAGGCGAACUGCGGCCACGCCGAGCCUGCGGCGGGGCUGGCGGGGCAGCUACGGCUGGCGGCGGGGCUGCUCGAGGCGCAGGCCCCGCCAAACGCACAGCUGCGGCGCAUCAACCCGCACGUCGGCUCUGCGGUGGAGGGCGUGGCGUGCGCGCUGCCGACGCAGCUGGCGCGAGGGCUGGAUGCCGCGGCGGGCAGGCGGGGGGGCGUGAGCUCGUUUGGGUACAGCGGCACCAUCGCCCACGCCGUGCUCGAGGCGGCGCCGCCUUCUCUCAGCAGCACCAGCGGUGCCGCGACGACGCCCCUUCGCUACAAGCGACGCCGCUUCGCGUGGCGCGAGGCUGCUCCAAGCGCCGAGGCGGCUGCUGCGAGUGUAGAGGCUGCUGCUAGCUCUCACAGCUACGUCACCGAGUUCGUCCCGCUCGUCGCUGCCCCGGCUGCUGCACUGCGCACGCUCGUCCUCGGCGCCCGCGCCAGGCCGGUCGGCUCGCUCCCAGCCGCGCCUCUGCCGCUCGAGGCCGGCGCCGCCGCCGUCGCGCUCGCCACCGCCUCCAAGGCCUCGGCGCUGCCGGCGGUCGAGGCGGCCCUCCGCUUCGUGCUCUCGCAGCCUGCCUCGCAAUCUCUCCCUGCGUGGCUGCUCAGCAGUGGCGGAUCGCAGCCUUGCAGCGCCGCCGCACGCGUGCGCCCCUCGCACGCCGGCCUGCUCGGCCUCGCCCGCACGGCGAGAGCCGAGGCGCCGGGCAGCCGCCUCUCGCACAUCGACGGCGCCGGACUCUCGGCGGCGGAGCUGGUGGCGGUGGCCUCGGCGCUGCCCCCGGCCGAGCCGGAGGCUGUUGUCAGCUAUGGCGGGGCGAGGGUGCCGCGGCUGAGCCGUCUCGACGCGCUUCCAGAGGGCUCGAGCGGCGUGGGCGGCCUCCAGCUGCUGACGGGCGGCACGAGCGGCGUCGGCCUGCUCGUCGCCAAGUGGCUCGGCGAUCGCGGGGCGGCGGGCUUGGUCCUCGCCUCUCGGGGCGGGCGGGUGGCGCCGGCAGAGAGCGCUCGCCUCGCCUCGCUGGCUGGCUGCGCCGUGCGGGCUGCGGCGUGCGAUGCGGCCGAGGAGGCGGAGGUGCGGCGCCUCGUUGCUAGGGCGUCUGCUGGCGGCGAUGGGGCGCGGCUCGCUGGCGUGUGGCACGCGGCGGGCGUGCUAGCAGACGGCCUGCUCCGCUCCCACACGGCGCAGGCCUUCCGGCGCGUGUACGCUCCCAAGGCGGUCGGCGGCUGGGGCCUGCAGCGAGCGAGCGCCGCCUCGCCGCUCGACGCGUGCAUGCUCUUCUCGUCGGUGGCGGCGCUGCUCGGCAGCGCUGGCCAGGCCAACUACGCAGCUGCAAACUGCUGCCUCGACGCCACGAGCGCGCUGCGGCGUGCCGUCGGCCUCGCCUCCUCGUCGGUGCAGUGGGGCCCGUGGGGCGAGGUUGGCAUGGCGGCGGAGGAGUCGAUCAACGCGCGCAUACAGGCGUCCGGCUUUACCCUGAUCACCCUUGCCGAGGCUGCCCCCGCCCUGGCGGCUUCCCUCGGCGCCGCCGGCCCCGCGGUGCAGAUGCUGCUCCUCGUCGACUGGAGCCGCUUCCUCGGCGUGCUCCCGGCCAUGCCAAAGGCGCUCUCCGCCUUUGCGCCAUCGCACUCAGCCGCCGCCGCCGCCGCCGUGCCAGCCGUGGAGAGCGAGAUGGGCAGGGCGCUCUCGCGGCUGCCUCCCGCGGCGCGCCAGCCGCACGUCGAGGCGGCCGUGCUGUCGGUGCUGGAGGAGCUGACCGGCGCAGGCGGCCUCACCGCCGACACGCCGCUCAUGGAGGCCGGCAUCGACUCGCUCGGCGCUACAGAGGCCGUGAGCCGCCUCCGAGAGGCCACGGGCGCCGCCCUCGCGCCGACUCUCAUCUUUGACCAGCCGUCGGCGCGCGCCAUCGCGGCGCACGUGGUGGGGCGGCUCCUUGGGACUGAGGCUGCCGUGGCCGCUCCCUCGACCGUUCCUUCGGCCCAGCUGGCUCUCACCGUGCAAGGCCUCGCGGCUCGCUGGCCCGCGUCGAGCGGCGGGCGCGGCGCCCUGUGGGCAGGGCUGAGCGCGUCGGCCGACGCCAUCGGCGCACCGCCCGCGUCUCGCUGGUCGGUCGAGGAGCACGAGGGCGUGAGCGACACGCAGCGCGCGGCCGCCUCGCACGGCGGCUUCCUCUGCCGCGUCGAGCACUUUGACAACCGCUCCUUUGGCGUCUCGCCCGCCGAGGCUGCGGCGAUGGACCCGCAGCAGCGUCUCUUCCUCGAGGUGGGCUACGCGGCGCUGCACGGCGCGGGCGAGCGGCGUGCGAGCCUGCUCGGCGGCGACGCGGGCGUCUUCCUCGGCAUCGAGCGGCCCGACUGGGCGCUGCUCGCCUCCCUCAGGCCGGCGGGCGCCUCCGCCUCUGCCUACGCCGUCACUGGAGACACCAUCUCCAUCGCCUGCGGCCGCGUCUCCUUUGCGCUCGGGCUGCAGGGGCCUUGCAUGAGCGUCGAUGCGGCCUGCGCGUCGGGCCUCGUGGCGCUGCACAGUGCGGCGCUGGCGGCGGGCGGCGGCGAGUGCGGCCUGUCGCUCGCCGGCGCGGUCAGCCUCAAGCUGUCCCCGCUGCCCUUCUUUGGCGCCGCCGCCGCGGGGAUGCUCUCUGUCGACGGGCGGUGCAAGACGUUCGACGCGGGGGCCAACGGGUACGUCCGCUCCGAGGCGGCCGCCGCGCUCGUGCUGCGAGGCGCGGCGGCGAGCCAGGCCGGGCUCGCGCUGCGCGGGAGCGCGGUGCGGCAGGACGGGCGCAGCGCGAGCCUGACGGCGCCCAACGGGUCGGCGCAGCGCGCCCUGCUCCUCGCGGCGCUCGGCAAGGCGGCGAGCGAGGCGGCGGCGGUGGGUGGCGUCGAGGCGCACGGCACCGGCACGCCGCUCGGCGACCCCACCGAGGCGGGCUCCCUCGCCGCGGCGCUGGGAGGCGCGGGCGGCGCGGCUCUCUGCCUCGGGACGCACAAGGCGAAUGCGGGCCACGCCGAGCCGGUGUCGGGGCUGCUCGGGCUGGCCAAGGCGGCGGCGGCGGUGGGCUGCUCGACGUGGCUGGGCAACGCGCAGCUGCGGUCGCUCAACCCGCUCGUGGGCGAGCGGCUCGGCGCGGCGGCGCGGCCGACGGUGCUGCCGACGCAGGGGCUGGCACGGCGGGCGGGGGGAGGGGAGGGCGUGGUCGGGGUGAGCUCGUUUGGGUACAGCGGCACGAUCGCACACGCUGUGCUCGAGGCGGCGUUGCCUUCUCUUAGUAGCCCCAACGGUGACGCGACGACGCCCCUUCGCUACAAGCGACGCCGCUUCGCGUGGCGCGAGGCUGCUCCAAGCGCCGAGGUGGCUGCUGCGAGUGUAGAGGCUGCUGCUCGCUCUCACCGCUACGCCACCGAGUUCGUCCCGCUCGUCGCUGCCCCGGCUGCAGCACUGCCCACGCUCGUCCUCGGCGCCCGCGCCAGGCCGGUCAUCUCGCUCCCAACCGCGCCUCUCCCGCUCGAGGCCGGCGCCGCCGCCGUCGCGCUCGCCACCGCCUCCAAGGCCUCGGCGCUGCCGGCGGUCGAGGCGGCCCUCCGCUUCGUGCUCUCGCAGCCUGCCUCGCAGCCUCUCCUUGCGUGGCUGCUCAGCAGUGGCGGAUCGCAGCCUUGCAGCGCCGCCGCACGCGUGCGCCCCUCGCACGCCGGCCUGCUCGGCCUCGCCCGCACGGCGAGAGCCGAGGCGCCGGGCAGCCGCCUCUCGCACGUCGACGGCGCCGGACUCUCGGCGGCGGAGCUGGUGGCGGUGGCCUCGGCGCUGCCGCCGACCGAGCCGGAGGCCGUGGCCAGCUACGGCGGGGCGAGGGUGCCGCGGCUGAGCCGUCUCGACGCGCUUCCAGAGGGCUCGAGCGGCGUGGGCGGCCUCCAGCUGCUGACGGGCGGCACUGGCGGCGUCAGCCUGCUCGUCGCCAAGUGGCUCGGUGAUCGCGGGGCGGCGGGCUUGGUCCUUGCCUCUCGGGGCGGGCGGGUGGCGCCGGCAGAGAGCGCUCGCCUCGCCUCGCUGGCUGGCUGCGCGGUGCGGGCUGCGGCGUGCGAUGCGGCCGAGGAGGCGGACGUGCGGCGCUUGGUUGCUUGGGCGUCUGCUGGCGGCGAUGGGGCGCGGCUCGCUGGCGUGUGGCACGCGGCGGGCGUGCUAGCAGACGGCCUGCUCCGCUCCCAGACGGCGCAGGCCUUCCUGCGCGUGUACGCUCCCAAGGCGGUCGGCGGCUGGGGCCUGCAACGAGCGAGCGCCGCCUCGCCGCUCGACGCGUGCGUGCUCUUCUCGUCGGUGGCGGCGCUGCUCGGCAGCGCUGGCCAGGCCAACUACGCAGCUGCAAACUGCUGCCUCGACGCCACGAGCGCGCUGCGGCGUGCCGUCGGCCUCGCGUCCUCGUCGGUGCAGUGGGGCCCGUGGGGCGAGGUUGGCAUGGCGGCAGAAGAGUCGAUCAACGCGCGCAUACAGGCGUCCGGCUUUACCCUGAUCACCCUUGCCGAGGCUGCCCCCGCCCUGGCGGCUUCCCUCGGCGCCGCCGGCCCCGCGGUGCAGAUGCUGCUCCUCGUCGACUGGCGCCGCUUCCUCGGCGUGCUCCCGGUCGUGCCAAAGGCGCUCUCCGCCUUUGCGCCGUCGCACUCAGCCGCCGCCGCCGCCGCCGUGCCAGCCGUGGAGAGCGAGAUGGGCAGGGCGCUCUCGCGGCUGCCUCCCGCGGCGCGCCAGCCGCACGUCGAGGCGGCCGUGCUGUCGGUGCUGGAGGACCUCACCGGCGCAGGCGGCCUCACCGCCGACACGCCGCUCAUGGAGGCCGGCAUCGACUCGCUCGGCGCUACAGAGGCCGUGAGCCGCCUCCGAGAGGCCACGGGCGCCGCCCUCGCGCCGACUCUCAUCUUUGACCAGCCGUCGGCGCGCGCCAUCGCGGCGCACGUGGUGGGGCGGCUCCUUGGGACUGAGGCUGCCGCUGCCGCUCCCUCGACCGCGGCGUCGGCCCAGCUGGCUCUCACCGUGCAAGGCCUCGCGGCUCGCUGGCCCGCGUCGAGCGGUGGGCGCGGCGCCCUGUGGGCAGGGCUGAGCGCGUCGGCCGACGCCAUCGGCGCACCGCCCGCGUCUCGCUGGUCGGUCGAGGAGCAUGAGGGCGUGAGCGAGACGCAGCGCGCGGCCGCCUCGCACGGCGGCUUCCUCUGCCGCGUCGAGCACUUUGACAACCGCUCCUUUGGCGUCUCGCCCGCCGAGGCUGCGGCGAUGGACCCGCAGCAGCGGCUCUUCCUCGAGGUGGGCUACGCGGCGCUGCACGGCGCGGGCGAGCGGCGUGCGAGCCUGCUCGGCGGCGACGCGGGCGUCUUCCUCGGCAUCGAGCGGCCCGACUGGGCGCUGCUCGCCUCCCUCAGGCCGGCGGGCGCCUCCGCCUCUGCCUACGCCGUCACUGGAGACACCAUCUCCAUCGCCUGCGGCCGCGUCUCCUUUGCGCUCGGGCUGCAGGGGCCUUGCAUGAGCGUCGAUGCGGCCUGCGCGUCGGGCCUCGUGGCGCUGCACAGUGCGGCGCUGGCGGCGGGCGGCGGCGAGUGCGGCCUGUCGCUCGCCGGCGCGGUCAGCCUCAAGCUGUCCCCGCUGCCCUUCUUUGGCGCCGCCGCCGCGGGGAUGCUCUCUGUCGACGGGCGGUGCAAGACGUUCGACGCGCGAGCCAACGGGUACGUCCGCUCCGAGGCGGCCGCCGCGCUCGUGCUGCGAGGCGCGGCGGCGAGCCAGGCCGGGCUCGCGCUGCGCGGGAGCGCGGUGCGGCAGGACGGGCGCAGCGCGAGCCUGACGGCGCCCAACGGGUCGGCGCAGCGCGCCCUGCUCCUCGCGGCGCUCGGCAAGGCGGCGAGCGAGGCGACGGCGGUGGCUGGCGUCGAGGCGCAUGGCACCGGCACGCCGCUCGGCGACCCCACCGAGGCGGGCUCCCUCGCCGCGGCGCUGGGAGGCGCGGGCGGCGCGGCUCUCUGCCUCGGGACGCACAAGGCGAAUGCGGGCCACGCCGAGCCGGUGUCGGGGCUGCUCGGGCUGGCCAAGGCGGCGGCGGCGGUGGGCUGCUCGACGUGGCUGGGCAACGCGCAGCUGCGGUCGCUCAACCCGCUCGUGGGCGAGCGGCUCGGCGCGGCGGCGCGGCCGACGGUGCUGCCGACGCAGGGGCUGGCACGGCGGGCGGGGGGAGGGGAGGGCGUGGUCGGGGUGAGCUCGUUUGGGUACAGCGGCACGAUCGCACACGCUGUGCUCGAGGCGGCGUUGCCUUCUCUUAGUAGCCCCAACGGUGACGCGACGACGCCCCUUCGCUACAAGCGACGCCGCUUCGCGUGGCGCGAGGCUGCUCCAAGCGCCGAGGUGGCUGCUGCGAGUGUAGAGGCUGCUGCUCGCUCUCACCGCUACGCCACCGAGUUCGUCCCGCUCGUCGCUGCCCCGGCUGCAGCACUGCCCACGCUCGUCCUCGGCGCCCGCGCCAGGCCGGUCAUCUCGCUCCCAACCGCGCCUCUCCCGCUCGAGGCCGGCGCCGCCGCCGUCGCGCUCGCCACCGCCUCCAAGGCCUCGGCGCUGCCGGCGGUCGAGGCGGCCCUCCGCUUCGUGCUCUCGCAGCCUGCCUCGCAGCCUCUCCUUGCGUGGCUGCUCAGCAGUGGCGGAUCGCAGCCUUGCAGCGCCGCCGCACGCGUGCGCCCCUCGCACGCCGGCCUGCUCGGCCUCGCCCGCACGGCGAGAGCCGAGGCGCCGGGCAGCCGCCUCUCGCACGUCGACGGCGCCGGACUCUCGGCGGCGGAGCUGGUGGCGGUGGCCUCGGCGCUGCCGCCGACCGAGCCGGAGGCCGUGGCCAGCUACGGCGGGGCGAGGGUGCCGCGGCUGAGCCGUCUCGACGCGCUUCCAGAGGGCUCGAGCGGCGUGGGCGGCCUCCAGCUGCUGACGGGCGGCACUGGCGGCGUCAGCCUGCUCGUCGCCAAGUGGCUCGGUGAUCGCGGGGCGGCGGGCUUGGUCCUUGCCUCUCGGGGCGGGCGGGUGGCGCCGGCAGAGAGCGCUCGCCUCGCCUCGCUGGCUGGCUGCGCGGUGCGGGCUGCGGCGUGCGAUGCGGCCGAGGAGGCGGACGUGCGGCGCUUGGUUGCUUGGGCGUCUGCUGGCGGCGAUGGGGCGCGGCUCGCUGGCGUGUGGCACGCGGCGGGCGUGCUAGCAGACGGCCUGCUCCGCUCCCAGACGGCGCAGGCCUUCCUGCGCGUGUACGCUCCCAAGGCGGUCGGCGGCUGGGGCCUGCAACGAGCGAGCGCCGCCUCGCCGCUCGACGCGUGCGUGCUCUUCUCGUCGGUGGCGGCGCUGCUCGGCAGCGCUGGCCAGGCCAACUACGCAGCUGCAAACUGCUGCCUCGACGCCACGAGCGCGCUGCGGCGUGCCGUCGGCCUCGCGUCCUCGUCGGUGCAGUGGGGCCCGUGGGGCGAGGUUGGCAUGGCAGGAGGGGAGGCUGCCAGUGCUCAUCUGAAGGCGAGAGGCUACGGCCUGAUCACCAUUGCCGAGGCUGCCCCCGCCCUGGCGGCUUCCCUCGGCGCCGCUGGCCCCGCGGUGCAGAUGCUGCUCCUCGUCGACUGGCGCCGCUUCCUCGGCCUGCUCCCGGUCGUGCCAAAGGCGCUCUCCGCCUUUGCGCCAUCGCACUCAGCCGCCGCCGCCGCCGCCGUGCCAGCCGUGGAGAGCGAGAUGGGCAGGGCGCUCUCGCGGCUGCCUCCCGCGGCGCGCCAGCCGCACGUCGAGGCGGCCGUGCUGUCGGUGCUGGAGGACCUCACCGGCGCAGGCGGCCUCACCGCCGACACGCCGCUCAUGGAGGCCGGCAUCGACUCGCUCGGCGCUACAGAGGCCGUGAGCCGCCUCCGAGAGGCCACGGGCGCCGCCCUCGCGCCGACUCUCAUCUUUGACGAGCCGUCGGCGCGCGCCAUCGCGGCGCACGUGGUGGGGCGGCUCUCUGGGACUGAGGCUGCCGCGGCCGCUCCCUCGACCGCGGCGUCGGCCCAGCUGGCUCUCACCGUGCAAGGCCUCGCGGCUCGCUGGCCCGCGUCGAGCGGCGGGCGAGACGCCCUGUGGGCAGGGCUGAGCGCGUCGGCCGACGCCAUCGGCGCACCGCCCGCGUCUCGCUGGUCGGUCGAGGAGCACGAGGGCGUGAGCGACACGCAGCGCGCGGCCGCCUCGCACGGCGGCUUCCUCUGCCGCGUCGAGCACUUUGACAACCGCUCCUUUGGCGUCUCGCCCGCCGAGGCGGCGGCGAUGGACCCGCAGCAGCGUCUCUUCCUCGAGGUGGGCUACGCGGCGCUGCACGGCGCGGGCGAGCGGCGUGCGAGCCUGCUCGGCGGCGACGCGGGCGUCUUCCUCGGCAUCGAGCGGCCCGACUGGGCGCUGCUCGCCUCCCUCAGGCCGGCGGGCGCCGCCGCCUCUGCCUACGCCGUCACUGGAGACACCAUCUCCAUCGCCUGCGGCCGCGUCUCCUUUGCGCUCGGGCUGCAGGGGCCUUGCAUGAGCGUCGAUGCGGCCUGCGCGUCGGGCCUCGUGGCGCUGCACAGUGCGGCGCUGGCGGCGGGCGGCGGCGAGUGCGGCCUGUCGCUCGCCGGCGCGGUCAGCCUCAAGCUGUCCCCGCUGCCCUUCUUUGGCGCCGCCGCCGCGGGGAUGCUCUCUGCCGACGGGCGGUGCAAGACGUUCGACGCGCGAGCCAACGGGUACGUCCGCUCCGAGGCGGCCGCCGCGCUCGUGCUGCGAGGCGCGGCGGCGAGCCAGGCCGGGCUCGCGCUGCGCGGGAGCGCGGUGCGGCAGGACGGGCGCAGCGCGAGCCUGACGGCGCCCAACGGGUCGGCGCAGCGCGCCCUGCUCCUCGCGGCGCUGGGCAAGGCGGCGAGCGAGGGGGCGGCGGUGGGUGGCGUCGAGGCGCACGGCACCGGCACGCCGCUCGGCGACCCCACCGAGGCGGGCUCCCUCGCCGCGGCGCUGGGAGGCGCGGGCGGCGCGGCUCUCUGCCUCGGGACGCACAAGGCGAAUGCGGGCCACGCCGAGCCGGUGUCGGGGCUGCUCGGGCUGGCCAAGGCGGCGGCGGCGGUGGGCUGCUCGACGUGGCUGGGCAACGCGCAGCUGCGGUCGCUCAACCCGCUCGUGGGCGAGCGGCUCGGCGCGGCGGCGCGGCCGACGGCGCUGCCGACGCAGGGGCUCGCACGGCUGGCGGGGGGAGGGGAGGGCGUGGUCGGGGUGAGCUCGUUUGGGUAUAGCGGCACGAUCGCACACGCCGUGCUCGAGGGGCGGGCCCCUCUCAGCAGCACCAGCGGUGCCGCGCCGGCGCAACUCCUCUACAAGCGACGCCGCUUCGCGUGGCGCGAGGCUGCUCCAAGCGCCGAGGCGGCUGCUGCGAGUGUAGAGGCUGCUGCUAGCUCUCACAGCUACGUCACCGAGUUCGUCCCGCUCGUCGCUGCCCCGGCUGCUGCACUGCGCACGCUCGUCCUCGGCGCCCGCGCCAGGCCGGUCGGCUCGCUCCCAGCCGCGCCUCUGCCGCUCGAGGCCGGCGCCGCCGCCGUCGCGCUCGCCACCGCCUCCAAGGCCUCGGCGCUGCCGGCGGUCGAGGCGGCCCUCCGCUUCGUGCUCUCGCAGCCUGCCUCGCAAUCUCUCCCUGCGUGGCUGCUCAGCAGUGGCGGAUCGCAGCCUUGCAGCGCCGCCGCACGCGUGCGCCCCUCGCACGCCGGCCUCCUCGGCCUCGCCCGCACGGCGAGAGCCGAGGCGCCGGGCAGCCGCCUCUCGCACAUCGACGGCGCCGGACUCUCGGCGGCGGAGCUGGUGGCGGUGGCCUCGGCGCUGCCCCCGGCCGAGCCGGAGGCUGUUGUCAGCUAUGGCGGGGCGAGGGUGCCGCGGCUGAGCCGUCUCGACGCGCUUCCAGAGGGCUCGAGCGGCGUGGGCGGCCUCCAGCUGCUGACGGGCGGCACGAGCGGCGUCGGCCUGCUCGUCGCCAAGUGGCUCGGCGAUCGCGGGGCGGCGGGCUUGGUCCUCGCCUCUCGGGGCGGGCGGGUGGCGCCGGCAGAGAGCGCUCGCCUCGCCUCGCUGGCUGGCUGCGCCGUGCGGGCUGCGGCGUGCGACGCGGCCGAGGAGGCGGACGUGCGGCGCUUGGUUGCUUGGGCGUCUGCUGGCGGCGAUGGGGCGCGGCUCGCUGGCGUGUGGCACGCGGCGGGCGUGCUAGCAGACGGCCUGCUCCGCUCCCAGACGGCGCAGGCCUUCCGGCGCGUGUAUGCUCCCAAGGCGGUCGGCGGCUGGGGCCUGCAGCGAGCGAGCGCCGCCUCGCCGCUCGACGCGUGCGUGCUCUUCUCGUCCAUCGCCGCCCUCAUCGCAGGCGGAGCGGCCAACUACUCGGCUGCCAACUGCUGCCUCGACGCCACGAGCGCGCUGCGACGUGCCGCCGGCCUCGCGUCCUCGUCGGUGCAGUGGGGCCCGUGGGGCGAGGUUGGCAUGGCAGGAGGGGAGGCUGCCAGUGCUCAUCUGAAGGCGAGAGGCUACGGCCUGAUCACCAUUGCCGAGGCUGCCCCCGCCCUGGCGGCUUCCCUCGGCGCCGCUGGCCCCGCGGUGCAGAUGCUGCUCCUCGUCGACUGGAGCCGCUUCCUCGGCCUGCUCCCGGUCGUGCCAAAGGCGCUCUCCGCCUUUGCGCCAUCGCACUCAGCCGCCGCCGCCGCCGACGUGCCAGCGGUGGAGAGCGAGAUGGGCAGGGCGCUCUCGCGGCUGCCUCCCGCGGCGCGCCAGCCGCACGUCGAGGCGGCCGUGCUGUCGGUGCUGGAGGAGCUGACCGGCGCAGGCGGCCUCACCGCCGACACGCCGCUCAUGGAGGCGGGCAUCGACUCGCUCGGCGCUACAGAGGCCGUGAGCCGCCUCCGAGAGGCCACGGGCGCCGCCCUCGCGCCGACUCUCAUCUUUGACCAGCCGUCGGCGCGCGCCAUCGCGGCGCACGUGGUGGGGCGGCUCCUUGGGACUGAGGCUGCCGUGGCCGCUCCCUCGACCGUUCCUUCGGCCCAGCUGGCUCUCACCGUGCAAGGCCUCGCGGCUCGCUGGCCCGCGUCGAGCGGCGGGCGCGGCGCCCUGUGGGCAGGGCUGAGCGCGUCGGCCGACGCCAUCGGCGCACCGCCCGCGUCUCGCUGGUCGGUCGAGGAGCAUGAGGGCGUGAGCGAGACGCAGCGCGCGGCCGCCUCGCACGGCGGCUUCCUCUGCCGCGUCGAGCACUUUGACAACCGCUCCUUUGGCGUCUCGCCCGCCGAGGCUGCGGCGAUGGACCCGCAGCAGCGGCUCUUCCUCGAGGUGGGCUACGCGGCGCUGCACGGCGCGGGCGAGCGGCGUGCGAGCCUGCUCGGCGGCGACGCGGGCGUCUUCCUCGGCAUCGAGCGGCCCGACUGGGCGCUGCUCGCCUCCCUCAGGCCGGCGGGCGCCUCCGCCUCUGCCUACGCCGUCACUGGAGACACCAUCUCCAUCGCCUGCGGCCGCGUCUCCUUUGCGCUCGGGCUGCAGGGGCCUUGCAUGAGCGUCGAUGCGGCCUGCGCGUCGGGCCUCGUGGCGCUGCACAGUGCGGCGCUGGCGGCGGGUGGCGGCGAGUGCGGCCUGUCGCUCGCCGGCGCGGUCAGCCUCAACCUGUCCCCGCUGCCCUUCUUCGGCGCCGCCGCCGCGGGGAUGCUCUCUGCCGACGGGCGGUGCAAGACGUUCGACGCGCGAGCCAACGGGUACGUCCGCUCCGAGGCGGCCGCCGCGCUCGUGCUGCGAGGCGCGGCGGCGAGCCAGGCCGGGCUCGCGCUGCGCGGGAGCGCGGUGCGGCAGGACGGGCGCAGCGCGAGCCUGACGGCGCCCAACGGGUCGGCGCAGCGCGCCCUGCUCCUCGCGGCGCUGGGCAAGGCGGCGAGCGAGGCGACGGCGGUGGGUGGCGUCGAGGCGCACGGCACCGGCACGCCGCUCGGCGACCCCACCGAGGCGGGCUCCCUCGCCGCGGCGCUGGGAGGCGCGGGCGGCGCGGCUCUCUGCCUCGGGACGCACAAGGCGAAUGCGGGCCACGCCGAGCCGGUGUCGGGGCUGCUCGGGCUGGCCAAGGCGGCGGCGGCGGUGGGCUGCUCGACGUGGCUGGGCAACGCGCAGCUGCGGUCGCUCAACCCGCUCGUGGGCGAGCGGCUCGGCGCGUCGGCGCGGCCGACGGCGCUGCCGACGCAGGGGCUCGCACGGCUGGCGGGGGGAGGGGAGGGCGUGGUCGGGGUGAGCUCGUUUGGGUACAGCGGCACCAUCGCCCACGCCGUGAUCGAGGCGGCGCCUCCCUCGCUCACCACGAGCAGCCCGCCACCGCGCGUCUACGCUCGCCGCCGCUACGCGUGGCGCGAGGCGCCCCACCCGCUCCUCCAGCGGCGAGAGGCGGACGCCGACGGGCGGCAGGCCGACGCCUUCUCCUCGCCGGCCAGCGGGACCCUCCUCGCCCUCGUCGCCGACCACGUCGUGCGGGGCCGCGUCGUCUUCCCCGCCGCCGCCUACCUCGAGAUGGCUCGCGCGGCGUGCGUCGCCCUCUCUGGCGGCGGCGGAGGCGCGUCGCUGCGGCGCAUCUUCUUCCUGCAGCCGCUCGUGCUGGACGGCGACCUGAGCGAGGCGCGGGUGAGGGUGGUCGUGUCCAAGGAGCAGUUCGAGCUGACCUCCGAGGGGGGCGGCGACGCGUCGACGGCUCACUGCGCCGGCGGCGCAUCGGCCGCGUCGGGCCCGCUCCCUGGCCUCUCGCUCGCCGCGGCUCGCGCCUCGUGCGGCGAGGCGGUCGACGCCGCCUCGCUCUACUCGCAUCUCCGCUCGGUCGGCCUCGAGUACGGCCCUCGGUACCGCACGCUCGAGCUGGCGGCCGUCUCGCGCGCCGCAGGCGUCGCCGUCGGCCGGCUGUGCCGCCGCUCGCGCAAGGAGGGCACUCGCGUCCACCCGGCCGACCUCGACGGCUCGCUGCACCUGUCCUCGCUGCUCGCCGAGGCAGGGGAGGGCGUGACGCGGCUGCCCUUCUCUGUGGGCGAGGCGGCGCUGGCGGAUGCGAGCGGCACGGCGUGGCCGGUGGCGGAGCGGGAGGGCGGCGAGGCGGUCGGGGUGGUCGUCGCCAGCGGCGCCGCCUCGGCGGGCGUGCGCCUGGCCGGCUUCGAGUCGCGUGCGCUCGAAACGUCGCUCGACGCGUCAGCGCAGCGCGUGCGGCAUCUGUACGUCACCGAGUGGCACUCGCUCGCAACAUCCGAGCCUUCCGUGGAUCCCACUCUCGACCUCCUCGCCCCCUCCGCUCUCUCCGUUUGCCCCGAGGAGGCGCUGCUCCUCUCCGAGCCCCCAACCCUGCCCAGCGGCGACGGCUCCCUCGUCAAGCUCAGCGUCGACCGAGCGGCUCGCGUGGCCGUGCUAGAGCUGAACGACCCCGAGCACUUCAACGCCAUAAGCGCUGAGAUGGCGGACGACAUGCUGCGGGCGGUGCAGUGGCUUCGCUCGCAGCCGCCGACUCGAGUCAAGGCGGUGGUUCUGCAGGGGCGAGGGUCGCACUUUUGUCCGGGCGGCAAUACGCACCGGCUCGGCCGAGACACCUUCAAAACCUCGACGGCGGCGGCGCGGAGGUCGAUCGACCUGUUUGCCGGCUUUGUCGCGCUGCGGACGCUGCCGGUCCCGGUCAUCAGCGCAGUACACGGCACCGUGCUGGGCGGCGGCAUGGCAAUCGCGCUGCACACGGACUGCAUCGUCGCCUCUGAGGACGCCACCUUCCAGUAUGGCGAGCUUUCGCGCGGCCUCACGCCGGCCGGCCUCUUCACGCGCAGCCUCUCCGAGGUGGUGGGGCACGCCACCGCGAUGCAGCUCUACCUGCGCGAUGAGAAGCUGAGCGCAUCGCAGGCCCAAGGCGUCGGCCUCGUGCAGCACGUGUGUACGACGGCGGCGGCGGCGCAGGCGCGGGCGUGGCGACUCGCAGCGGCGGUGGACACCGCGCCCACUGGAGCCGCGCUCCGCCUCUCGCCACUCGAGCGGAGCACUCUCGCCAAGGAGGCCUUUGCGCAAGUGCGAUCGAUGCGCGCGAUGAAGGAGCAAGGCGCUCGUCGCGGGACAGAGAAGGCACCAACCAACCCAACGCUUGAGUGGCGCGCUGUUGCGACCGAGGCGGACUCGGAUGGGACCGUGCCGCCGGCUCGCUUCGCCUUGGACGACACCACGGGCGUUGCAGCCGUCGAGCUGACUAGCGUGCGGGCCUCGCUUCUCGCAAGGCAGCUCGAGGCGGCCCUUCAGGAGCUGCUCAGCACCUCGAGGCAGCAAGGCGCGCGCGCGCUUGUGCUGACGAGCACCAGCUGGAAGGGCUCUGCAGACGACUCGUCCACCGAGCUGAGUGCCGCCCUCGCCGGCCUGCUGGCACUGCAUCUCCCGCUCGUCUGCGCGCUGCACGGCGAGGUGAGCGGCCCGGGGAUGGUGCUGAGCGAGGCCGCGGACUACCGGGUCGCCGAGGCGGAGAGCAUUGCGGCUCGCGGCGGCCAGUCUCAAGAGAGCAGGCAGGGCGUCGAGGCUGCCUCGGAGCGAGCGCUCGAGUUUGCUGCGUGGCUGGCGGCGCAGCCGCGGGUCGGGCUGGCAGGCACGCUCGGGCUGAUGCGGCAGCCCUCGCAGCGCCUGAGCCCGACCGUGCUCGCUCGUCAGCCGCUGAGGGCGGCACUAGACGCAGCUACCCCGCGUGACGAUGCCGCAGAGCCAUCAGGGAGGCCGGUGGCCUACACGCUGAUGCGAGCGGCCGAGAGCGGGAGCGCGCCUCCUGCGGCGGCAGCAAGCGAGGCGCAGGUUGAGGCGAGCGGGCUAGCCCUGAGCCUCGCUGCUGCCAUCGCGGAGGAGCCCGGCGUCGAGCCGCUCGAGGCUCUGAGGGCGGUGUGGCAGGACCGCCGCACAACCACUCCCGAUGACGACCCUCCCCCGACUGCCCACGCCGCGGAAGAACGAGUCCAGCCCUCGGUCGUCGACCCGCGCCACCCGAGCCUCCUCCUCUUGCGGCGCGCCAAGGCUUCCUCGACGCAGCCCCCGCUUGUCAUCGCCCACGGCCUUCUCGGCGACCACCGCGGCUACGGGAGGUUGUGGAGCGGCGCCCUCGAGACGUGCGACGUCUAUGCACUCCGGCACCGUGGCCUCGACGGCUCGGAGGCUUUCGCCCUCGACCCGGCUGGCGCGGCGGACAUGGUUAGCGAGUACGCAGCUGCAUUGGUUGCGGUCUUUGCUGAGACGCCCUUUGACCUGCUCGGCGCGUCUUUUGGCGCGGUCCUCGCGCAGCACGUCGCCAACGCGGCGCGCGAGAAGGGCGGCUCUCCUCGCCGCGUGGUGCUCCUCGACCCGCCUCCCGCUGUGCCAGAGGAGCUGCCGGUGCCCAAGAUGCUCACCAGCCUCCGCCUCGCCGCAAUGGGCGUGCUUCUCAUACACCUCCGCGUAGAGAUGGGCGCGGAUGUGUGGACGCGCUUCCCCCAGCUGCGGUCUCUGCCAGAGGGCGCACUGCCUCACUUCAUCGCCGCGCAGCUCCUUCCGGCCGGGGCGUCGAACGAGGACCUCGAGGCGCUGGUCGUGCAGUUAGAGCGGCUGCUGCCCGUGUACCGCCAGUGCCGCCACGCACUGCACAUGCUCGCCGCCAGCGUCAAGCCCUUCUCCACCGGCGGCGGCGGAGAGCCGGCGGUGCUGAUGCCGCUCUCGACUGGCCGCUGGUCGACCUGGCUCGAGAUGUUUCCUGGCGUCACAGAGGACAGCCUCUCGCUCUACGGGCCCGCGGUCGCGCUGCGACUCGAGGGUAUGCACAUCGACGUCAUCAACCGCUGCCUGGCCAACCGCGACGCGGCCUUCACCGAGGCGCUCGAGCGCUUCUUGGCCAACGGGCUGCGGGAAGGCUGGUGGCAGAGCAAGCCAGACAAGCCGCUCCCGCACGUGGCCUCGCUCACCGUGGGAGCAGCCAGACCGCCGCUCGCUCGCGUCGCUGCGUCUGUGACAGCCCAAGGCACCUCCAGCGGAGCCGUUGCUGCCCUCGCGCUGAGCAGCCCACCGGCCGCCCCGUCGCUCCCUUGCAUCGAGGCUGCGCUGCACCUGGUGCGCCCGCAGCUGGCGGCGCAGCCCUUGCCUCUGUGGCUGCUCGGGCCAGGCUCGCAGGCCGUGCGCGCCGCAACUAGGGUACGCCCAUCCCAGGCUGGCCUACUCGGCCUCGCCCGCACCGUCCGCACCGAGGCGCCGGGCAGCCGCCUCUCGCACGUCGACGGCGCAGGACCUUCGACGGCGGAGCUUUUGGCAAUGGCCUCGCUGCUGCCGCCGACCGAGCCGGAGGCCGUGGCCAGCUACGGCGGGGCGAGGGUGCCGCGGCUGAGCCGCCUCGACGCGCCGCCAGAGAGCUCGAGCGGCGUUGGCGGCCUCCAGCUGCUGACGGGCGGCACUGGCGGCGUCGGCCUGCUCGUCGCCGAGUGGCUCGGCGAUCGAGGGGCGGCGGGCUUGGUCCUCGCCUCUCGGGGCGGGCGAAUGGCGCCGGUAGGGAGCGCUCGCCUCGCCUCGUUGGCUGGCUGCGCGGUGCGGGCUGCGGCGUGCGAUGCGGCCGAGGAGGCGGACGUGCGGCGCUUGGUUGCUUGGGCGUCUGCUGGCGGCGAUGGGGCGCGGCUCGCUGGCGUGUGGCACGCGGCGGGCGUGCUAGCAGACGGCCUGCUCCGCUCCCAGACGGCGCAUGCCUUCCGGCGAGUGUAUGCUCCCAAGGCGGUCGGCGGCUGGGGCCUGCAGCGAGCGAGCGCCGCCUCGCCGCUCGACGCGUGCGUGCUCUUCUCGUCGGUGUCGGCGCUGCUCGGCAGCGCUGGCCAGGCCAACUACGCAGCUGCAAACUGCUGCCUCGACGCCACGAGCGCGCUGCGGCGUGCCGAAGGCCUCGCGUCCUCGUCGGUGCAGUGGGGCCCAUGGGGCGAGGUCGGCAUGGCGGCGGAGGAGUCGAUCAACGCGCGGAUACAGGCGUCCGGCUUUGGCCUGAUCACCAUGGCAACUGCUACCCCCGCCUUGGCCUCUGCGCUCGGCGCAGUCGGCCCAGCUGUGCAAGGGAUGUUCAUCGUCCGCUGGGACCGGCUUCUGGGCGGAGCUGCGGCGGUGCCGGCGAUGCUGUCGCUCUUCACGCCUACCAAGCCCGCCGUCGCUGCGCCUGCGCUGGACUCCCCUACCACACCCGCCGCUGCGCGCAACGCUGUCUCCCUCGAUGCUAUCCUCGACGUGGUCCGAUCAACGGCCGGCUCUGAUGUCGAUGCUGAUGCGCCGCUGAUGGAGGCUGGGCUGGACUCGCUUGGGGCAGUCGAGCUGCGCAACCAGCUGCAGGCGGCGGCGGGUGAGGCCACAGUGCUGCCGGCCACGCUCAUCGUCGACUACCCGACGACGCGGCAGCUGGCGCACUUCUUUGCACCAGCGGCCUCCGCUGAUGCCGAUACUGCUGCGCCCGUGCUCCUUGACGCAACACCAUCGGCAGGCGGCCUCGCUCCGGCACAGCCCGGGGCCGGCUUUGAGCGCCUCGGGGACUGCUUGCUCAUGCUGCGGUCUGGGGCGUCCGAGUCACCCCCCCUCUUUGCCGUCACUUCGUUCCAUGGGUCGGCGACGCUCUUUUCGACCCUCACGACAGAGGGAGACCUCUACGCGCUGCAGCAUGAGCACCUCAGCACCGGCGAUCCCGCGGCGUUGGCUGAGGCUACGCUGCCCGAGGUGGCGCUCAAGUACGCCGAGCUCAUCAUCGGCGAGAUGCGUCGGCGGGCGGCGGGCGACGCAUUUCUCCUCGGCGGCGCCUCGUUCGGCUCGUUCCUUGCACACCACGUGGCGGUCGCGGCCGGUGUCCUGGGCUUGCCGGCGGCCGGCAUCGUGCUGAUCGAGCCGUGGCCGGUGCCGCCGCUGCUGAGCCCCCCGACGUCAGAAAAGAGGGCGGCGCAGGCUGCCAGUGACCUCGAGGGAUCUUACCGCGCUAAUCUUGGCGCGCUGGCGGAGGAGGAUGUGCUCUCUGCCUACACCGGGCAGUCUGAGGACGCGCUCGGGCCUUUGCUGGCCGAACGGCUCGCCCGCCUCGGGGUGCAGCCCUUCAGCACCGCCAACAUCCUCAAGGCCGGCCGGCAGAUCCGCGUCGUCGUGCACCACACGCGCAUGUAUGCCACAGCCCUUGGGCAGCCGCUCGCGCCGCUGCCCGCGCCGACGCAAGUGUUCGCCGCCUUUGCCAGUGACAGUGAGCGAGAGGACUUCUACCUCCUCACCUUUGGAGCCGCGCCCGAGGAGAGCGACGUGAGCACAAUCCGCCGCUUCUACGGCACCGCGAUGCGAGACGAGUUGGUGAUCGACGGCUCGCACCUCGAGGUUUGCGUACGCUGCGCCACAGGCCGCGAGCCGCUGUUUGACGAGCGGUUGGCGGCGUUCGAGGCGCGUGCGCGAGGCCUACCCUUUGCGGCUGCGGACACGGACGGCGACGGCGUGCUGUCGGCGGCUGAGGAGGCGUUCGCAUCGCUCGCCGAGUGA